AUGUGCCCGACUGUUCCCUGGGAACUUAACUUUCUAAAACAAAUUGUGGUACCUUUCACAGAUGAACAUUUCCCUGAUUAUGGAAAAGCUGAACUGUUGUUUUCAGGAUCCUCAGGAAAAAUCCAAGGUGAGUGCCCCUCAAAAAUUUCCUGCCUUACAGCUGAAUCCUGUAAGUUGUAACUCCAGACUAGGCUCACUUGAGUCCAAAGGGCUCACUGAGGAAGGACUCAUGGGACUUUAGUCAAUGGCUGGGAACCAACGGACGUUGUACAUGUUUCAGCACUCCCUUCAGGAGGAAUGGGGGCUGUUAACCUUCAGUACAUAGAAUCAUAUAUUUUUUUAGAGGUGGAAGGGACCUUGAGGAUCAUCUGAUCCAACCCUGUACAAUGCAGGAAUAUGCAGCUGUCCCGUGAGUGCAAGUCUGUGAUUUGUGCCUUUGCAGUUCAGCCUUCAUGUGCAAUAUCCUAGUUUCAUUUAGAAAUAUCUCUCCUGGGUUGGUCGGCAACCAGUAGCUGGCAGGAAUCCUUGUGAAACUGAUUUCAGUGCAUCUCAGAAUGCAGCUCUUACUUCAUCCAUUAGGAAACCAUGUUAGAAUUUUAUUUGUUUUUAAACCUUCUAUGUGAAGCCCACUUUACCUUGAUGGUUUGGAAAAAGGUAAGCCCUCAGCAUUUCCCCUGAAAUGAAGCUGCAUAAAAGGAACAAUAAAAAACAAUUGUUUAUUUGUGCUUCUGUUUGUGCUUCAGGAGGAUGAGUUUUGCUCUUUCUGGGGGUACUCAAGGGUACACAUUUCCCUCCCCCCAAAGGUUAUAAGUGUGGCACUUACUUGUAAGAACACUUCAUGGUGAGAACAGGCACCUUUUGUUCUAAGAAAAAGCACUGCUUAGAAGGCUUAGGACAAAGACCCAUGAUACAAAUUGGCAUUCAGAUUGGAAAUGCUACCUUAUAUGUAUAGAUAUGGGUUUAGGCCAACUUUCAGAAGCCAACUCUGGGUCUUGCUGUCAGGGUUUCCUCUGUGCUAGAGAUGUCAACAGGAUUUGCUGGACACAGUACUUUGCAGUAGGCCGUCCACAAAAUGAAGUGGUGGGUGGCUGAGAUCUCAUCACCAUUGUGCUUUGGCUGCUCUAGAAGCAAAGUAAGAAAAGAAGCAGGAUCAGGGCCUCCCUCCAGCUAAACCCUUGCUUGCACGUUGCAUCACCACUGCGGUGAGCUUUGGACCUUAUUACACAACCAUGUUAUCUGCAGUGAUAAAUUCCUUGGGCUGUGGUGGGGGGUGGGGAGGAAGUCCAGAACUUCCAGUUAACUUUAUUGGGAAAUGAAAACAUCAGAAAUACUGAUAGUUAAAACCCUAGGCAUGAUUUUAUGGGCUUACAUUCAUUAGUUAUUUAAUGCAGAGGGGAAAAUGCAUCUUUCAGUUCUUCCCCACACCUGAACUGUCAGCUCAAAGAAAGCUAGAACUUUGGGAAGAAGCAAUUGAACAUUUUCACUUACUGGUAUGUGCUAGCUUUUUCACAUACAGAGAGUUUUGAGGUGGGGAAGAAUUCAGCCAUGAGACCUUCUUGCCUAUACUACUAAGUGGUGCAGUCUGCCUCGCAGCAUAGCUUCUCUUUCCCUGCACAUUUGAGUCACUUCUUGUUCUAGUUCUUGAUGAGGAAGUGAAACUCAAAAAAGUGAUUCUGCCCCCCAUAGUGACCUCAGUAAACUAGCCAGUGCUGAUUGGGGUGGGCGUAUUUGGAGAUGCCUAACUUAAACUUCUGGUUCUCAUCUUUCAGGAUGUGAACAACUACAGAAUGGCCAUGGUGUGUUAGUGGAGUUCAGCUGUUCAGAUCCACUGAUUGGCUGGGAUUCUUACGAAAACAUGAGUGCUGAUGAGGAAGGUGAGUUGCUACCAGGAAGUGAACAAUACAAGCAAUGAGGAAGCAAACAAGGUCCCUCUCAGCCUGUCCAGCUGUGUUUGCAGUCUUGCUGUCAUUCAUGGCUUUUUGUUUUUCCAAAAAACCUAGUUUAUUAGGUUUUUCACAUUAUUACAAUAGGACAGUACAGUGCCUUAUUCACCUUGCCAGCUUCCCUGAUGUUCUCUGACCUCAUGCCCUCUUUUUAAAAAAAAGCCAUCAGCUAACUCAAUUGUUUGGCAUGUUUUGCAGGGUUCAGAUGUGCACACAGGGGCUUAGAAUAAAUGAAUGACAAUGCUCUACUGAAGUCCAGAUUAGGAUCCCUUAAGUUGGGAAGCAUGGUCAUAUGGACAAGUUCCACAUCAGCUGCAGUUUCAUAGUAAGCAAGGCUGUGCUUUAUAGUCAACAGGAGCAGACAGGGCCAAGUUCAAUGGCUGUUUAUCAUCUGCAGAGACCUCCCUGAUUUUAAUUAGAACUCCCACAGCUUUGCAGUUUCCCAAUAUUGAUUGCAAGCUACAUGGUAGAAGCUAUGGCAGCAACAGUGGGUGAUAUGUUUCUUGGAGGCCGGAUCUGCUGCCCCUACGAAUCCUGCCACCCAAGGCGGUUGUCUCACCUUGCUUCGUAGAUGAGACGACCCUGCCUGUAGCAUUGUAUAACUACAUUGUUUGUAAUUACUUUGUCCCAGCUGUGGUUUGUUUUCUUGCACAUAUGUUCUUUAAAAGAUUCUCCACUGGUGUAGAAGCCAACUUGUGUGCAGUAAAAAGAAGAAGGAAAAAGUGAAAUUUGGGAUUGUUUGGAAGCUGAAGUUGAAUCCCACAUUCCGGUUAUUUAUUUAUUUAAUAAUACAGAAUUAUGGCAUUCGAUGGUCCUGGUAAAUAGAUGCCAACAGUGCCUGCAGCAAUUUAGCAGCAAUCCAUGAAAGUGCCAGGUGUCAGCAAAAAGAGAUUCACACUUGGAAAGAGAGGUCCGCUACAGUGUUAGUGGAAAGCAGCCAUUGGUAAAAGGCUCUUGCUGACUUUUGGUGAAGCUUUCAAGGUUAAGUACUGGCAAUAAGUACUGUGAAAACCAAAGCUUUAGAAACUGCCCUUGUCUCUCUGGAGUUAAGAACUGCAUCCAGGUGAGCAGCAGCUAGCUUUCAGGAAUUCACCUAUGACAAGAUGAUUGUUUUUCCCCUGGGACAGUUGACUUUUCAGUUUAUCUUUCUCCCGCCCUUACUCCCCUUUUAACUCAAGGUAAAUAGUAGUUGAAUGGGGAGGUGCCCUCUUGCAUAGUUAAAUACUUGGUUUCCCAGAGGGCUGCUCUGUAUUACAAAACUCUAGAUUUGAGGCAAGAUUACUUUGGCUCUGGUGCUUUGGAAGGAAUGCAAAUGCCUACUAACAAAAACAGCCCAGUCAGUGCCGUUUCUGGUAAGUGAAUAAAUGUGUGGUUUGAUUUCUGAGCUGUAUAUGCAGUUCUUUGAAAGAAGUGUGUGUGAGAGAGGGGAGGGGUGGUAGAAAUUUGGGAGACAAAAUAGGUGAGUUUAUUUUAAAAUCCAAAAUAUUAUGUACUGUUACAUUUCCCUCUCCAUUUCCAUGUGGCAACCAAAGCUUUAUCUGACAAAACUUUAAAUUCGCCUUUUAACUGAUAGCUCUGAUAGUGAUUUCUUAUCUUUUAUUGCAGAAUCUGUUGUCAAAUCAAUAAAACACUCAUACUGCUGUGUUAUUAGACAAGCUGGUUUUUCCUGACACAGAGAAUGGAUUUACAACACAAACGUUUUCUUUAAUUUUUUCAUGGAGUUCUUCCAGAAAACAACAGUUGAGACCAGGGCUGUUUUUCUAGAAAAGGAGGUGCUGGAACUCAGCAUGAAUGCCUCCCUUGUUCUCUUAUAAUGGCAAUGGCGCCCACCUGAGAGGUUCCCUAUCAAGCAAACUUAGCAGAUGAAUGUGAAACUUAUUUAAGAUAUCUCCUCAUAUGUCAGAAUCUAGUUCUUCUCUAAAUUCUUUUCCCAUUUGUGAAGAGAUCCAUGCUUUGAGCAUGGAAGGCAGUUGCAGAGAGAGGGUCAGGAGGGUUUGCAUGAGAGGUUAAAAAUAAUAAUAAAGGUUUCUUUGGCUAUGUCUGAAGCAAGAGGAAGAACAAGUAAGCAGUAAGUCCCUUGCGUGCAGAAAACAGACAAAUGCUAUUGGCUGACAGAGAGAAGGUGGAACUACUCAACACCUACUUUGCCUCUGUCUCCACCUAAAUGGAAAGCAAUGCCCAACCAGGUGAUAACAGAAUAAAUGGUGUAAGGAAGGAGCUGCAGCCCAAGACAGGAAAAGAGAUAGUAAGGGAUCACCUAGCGACUUUGAAUGAAUUCAAAUCUCCAGGGCCUGAUGAGCUGCACCCGAGCCUACUAAAGAACCUUACAGAUGUAAUCUCAGAACCUCGGUCUGUAAUCUUUGAGAAUUCUUGGAGAACAAGUCAUGCCAGAUGAAUCUCAUUUCUUUUUUUGAUAGAGUUGUAAGUUUAGUGGGAAUGCUGUGGACAUUGCGUAUCUUGAUUUCAGUCAGGUUCUCAACAAAGUCCCCCAUGAUAGGUGGAUUUGUAGGUGGUUGACUGACCAAAUCCAGAGUGCUCAUUAAUGGUUCCUCGUCAUCCAGUGACCAGUGGGCUGCCUCCGGGUUUUGUCCUGAGUCUGUUGUUGUUCAAUGUCUUUAUAAACAACUUGGAUGACAGAAUUGAGAGGAUGCUCAUCCAAUUUACAGGUAACACCAAACUGGGAGGGGUAGCUAAUGUCGCAGAAGGCUGAGUAUAUUUAGCCUGGAAAAGAGGAGACUGAGAGGAAAUAUGAUAGCCAUCUUCAAAUAUCUCAAGGGCUGUCACAUGGAAGAGGGAGCAAUGCAACAGAUUCAAGUUGCAAGAAUGGAGAUUCUGACUAAAUACCAGGAAGAAUUUUCUGUCCCCUUAGCAGAAAAACACCCCCAAAGCAUAAUAUGUCCCCCUCCAUGUUUGACGGUGGGGAUGGUGUUCUUGGGGUCGUAGGCAGCAUUUCUCCUCCUCCAAACAUGGCGAGUGAGUUGAUGCCAAAGAGCUCGACUUUGGUCUCAUCUGACCACAACACUUUCACCCUGUUCACCUCUGGGUCAUUCAGAUGUGCAUUGGCAAACUGCAGACGGGCCUGUACAUGUGCUGUCUUGAGCAAGGGGACCUUGCGGGCUCUGCAAGAUCUCUGUCUUUCACGGCGUUGUGUGUUACCAACUGUUUUCAUGGUGACUAUGGUCGCAGCUGCCCUGAGAUCAUUGACAAGUUCCCCCCGUGUAGUUCUGGGCUGCUUUAUCACCGUUCUCCUGAUCAUUGCAACUCCACGAGAUGAGAUCUUGCAUGGAGCCCCAGACCGAGGGAGGUUGACAGUUAUUUUGUGUUUCUUCCAUUUGUGAAUUAUUGCACCUUCUCACCAAGCUGCUUGGCAAUAGUCUUGUAGCCCAGUCCAGCCUUGUGCAGGUCUACAAUCUUGUCCCUGCCAUCAUUGGACAGCUCUUUGGUCUUGGUCAUGAUGGCUACUUUGGAAUCUGCUGGAUUGAUUGCUUCUGUCGACAGGUGUCUUUUGUAUAGGUACUGUAACGAGCUGGGAUUACAGGUAAGACCUCUCCCUUACAGCAGGUGCUUCUAAUCUCAGUUCGUUACAUACAGUGAAGAUACCAGGUAGCCUGACAUCUGGCUGGUUGACAGGGGAUCAAAUACUUAUUUCACUCAUUAUAAUGCACAUCACUCUCUGACUUUUGUCUUCUGAGUUUCUGGGGGUUUUCCUGUUGUUACUCUGUCUCUCACAGCUACAGUAAACCUACUAUUAAAAUUAUGGACUGGUCAUUUCUUUGUCAGAGGGCAAACAGGCAAAUUUAGCAGGGAAUCAAAUACUUUUUCCCUUACUGUAACACCGGGAAGCCCAACUUAAGCUGAUUUAGUUCAGUGGCCCAGUGCAUCUUAUGAAAACCCUUCUCCCCGAGAAGAUAGCAGAAACAGCUGGCACUAGGAACUGGUUCCAUCAAGAUCAGCGUCUUUUGAUUCCAUAUAAGUACACUUGGAACUUUUUAAUACUAGAAGCCUUGGGUCUCACACACGCUGUCCAGUGAAGGAAGUGGAAGAUUGCCAUGCAUGCCCCCACCCAGAGAGAGAGCAGGGGCAGCUCGGGUGGAGCAGUUGCCAUGCGCUCGCUGCUGCCUCCCUUCUCCAACGGGCAAUUUGACAAAAUGGGUUGUUUUCAAAGAUGCCUUGCUUUUGAGAUUCACGUACUAGAACUUUGAGUUCUAGUCUUUUCAUUUUAGGCAUCAAAGUUUAGUUUGUUAGCUUGAAUACUGUUUGAUUGUCUUUGUAGCGAUUAUAGUCAUUAUUGUUAUACAGCUUUUGAAAUGUCUCUUGCCAGACAGGCAGCCCCUUUCCUGGCCACGGCUCAUAAUGCAGACUCUGAAACAAUAAGCCUGUGGCAUGGCUCAUUUGGUUGGGAUGUGUUAACAUUAGAGAAUGUUUUCAGGAAGUUUUCAUAGGGUUCAAAUAAAGUUUUGUGGGCUGUGGUGUGGUAAUGAUUUGCUGGAGUGAACUGGAGAUUUUUGCAGACUUAUUUAUUUACGUAUUAAAUUUGUAUACCGCCCUUCAUCUGAAGAUCACUGAGCAGUUCAAAACCUAAAACACAUAAUGAAAACACAUAAAACAAAAAUGAAAGCCAAAGAACCAACCACGCCUCCGAGAAACACAUUUUAAAAACCAUAAUCAGACAAACGCUUAGUUGAAAAUAAAUGUUUUUGCUUGGCACCUAAAGGUAUGUAAUGCAGGUGCCAGGGAGGACUCCUUGGGGGGAGCAUUCCACAAAUGGGAGCCACCACCGAAAAGGCCCGUCCUCUUGAUGCCACCCUCUGGACCUCUCGUGGGGGAGGCACCCAAAGAAGGCCCAUAGAUUAUGAUUGGAGGGUCUGAGUCUGUCUGGGAGAGGCUGUUUGGGAGCUCUUACAGUCCUGAGCGCUUUAAGGCUUUAUAGGUCAAAACCAGCCCUUUGAAUUGGGCCUGGAAACUAAUUGGCAGUCAGUCCCGUCCAGCCAGGAUCAGUGUAAUAUGCUCACACUGUCUUGCCCUGUUGCGCAAUCUGGCCACUGAAGUCCACAUCAGCUGGAAGUUUCCAAAGCAUUUUGCGUUGUAGUAAUCUAACCUAGGGGACGCGGGUGGCGCUGUGGGUUAAACCACAGAGCCUAGGACUUGCCGAUCGAAAGGUUGGCGGUUCAAAUCCCCACGAUGGGGUGAGCUCCCGUUGCUCGGUCCCUGCUCCUGCCAACCUAGCAGUUUGAAAGCACGUCAUAGUGCAAGUAGAUAAAUAGGUACCGCUCUGGCGGGAAGGUAAACAGCGUUUCCGUGCGCUGCUCUGGUUCUUGGUCUUGCUGGCCGGAGGCUGUGCACCGGCUCCCUUGGCCAGUGGAGCGGGAUGAGCGCCGCAACCCCGGAGUCGGCCACGACUGGACCUAAUGGUCAGGGGUCCCUUUACCUUUACCUUUAAUCUAACCUAGAGAUUAGCAAAGCAUAUAUGACAGAAGUUAGGCUAUCCCUGUCCAGAUAGAGGCACAGCUGGGCCACCAACCGAAGCUGAUGGAAGUUUGAGUUUAUCCAGAUGAGGAACCAGAGUUUGCUUUGUUCAGUGCGGAAAGCUGCUGCUACCAAAUAAAAAUCUGAGUGUGGUUAGGACUGAACAAAUCUUUUGCAACUUGCUGCACAGAGAUGCAUAGGGAGUGAGCCAAAUGAGGAUGUGGGCAUUCAGAACAAAUAUUUGCAUAACAGUUCCGGGGAGAACCUCACAGAACACGAUCUGUGUCAUUUGGUGAUGCAAGAAUUAAGGUGGACUCGUGUUGGGGUCCGGCAUCAGUUGACUAAGGCUUAAUGGCAGUGAGAUGGGCAGAGGGGAGAAGAAAAUAACAUUUGUGAGAAAGAGUUUGUAGCCUGAAUUGCCUUCUGAAACACCACUGCUUCACUCUCGCUUUGCUGGAAGGGUUCAAAUUUCACAGAACCUGACUGCGCUCUCUGGCUCCUCCCUUAUGUUUACAUUUUUACUCUUUUUCUUCUGAAUCCAAAGUUUCCUGCUUCUCUAGUGAGAGCGAUUUACCUUCAGCAACUGCUGCAUGGAGAAUGCAAAGUAGCUAAAAGUGAUGGUGUUUUCCAACUGCUUUUCAACUGCUACUGUUUUGUGUGUGUUGCGUUUGCUGUUGUAGUGUGUGAAGCUGAUUUUAAAAUAGGGCAACCAUUUUGCUGCUUCAAAAAGUUAUGGGGCUUCUGUAAUUCCUCUGCAAGGUAAGAUACCAUUUUCUUUAGACUGUUUGUUUGUAUGUGAGUGAGAGAGAGAGAGAGACAUGCUAUGUUCAUACAAUGCUUUGUGAGUUUGUGUUUAGCAAAGGAGGCAAGACAAAACAGCAGAAAUGACUUAACCUUGCAGAGAAUGCAGUUCUGGGCUUGUACAGCUUUGCCUAAGGGUGGAGAUUUAUUUCUUAGGUGUGGGAGGGCACCUAGAUUACUUCCUACUUAAAGAGGGAUAGCUGGUGGUGCAGGAUAAGCAAAAAAGUUUCAUAUAUAGCGUUAUCCAACCCAGUUUAGGAAAACUGGGUCAAAACUGUCAUUACUGGGCCCUAAAGUUCAUGAAUUUACCUCGCUAGUUUGCUUCUUUGAAUGUGCUUUCUCAUGUCCUGAAUGGCUGGAAAGGAGAUAGCUGUGAGACAGAUCAGAAAAAGCUGAGAAACAGAAGUGCGUGAAUUUUGCAUAGAGGAAGUUUAAGAACUCUCUCCUAAUCAACUUUAGUUGGUAAGUGUUUGUGGCUUUGGCGUUGCUUUUGUUCACGGGAUCUGCUUUCAGUGUGUUCAUUUGUAGGCAUAAAAAUACACAUGCAGCCAUAUUUCUGUGUGUGGCUGCUGAUCCCAUUCAGUUUAUAGUUCAGAUUCAGGGCUGGCAUUUUACCAGGUCUCUCGGUCAUUCAAGAAGAAUUUCCUUUCCCCCCUUUCCUGGAGGGAGUUGAGCUUAAGAGAAAUGGUGUAGGGAAAGAAAGGGGUUGUUUUCAGUUUGAUGUAGACAAAUUCCAUCGCCACUAGCUCAGCUUUACAGUUUCAAUCUGCUUUUGGUUUCUUUUCUUUUUGGGGAGGGGAGGGCGGAGUUUGGACAGCUGUGUUACUGUACCAUUUUUGCAGAAGGCUGUUUCCUUGGAAAAAUGAGAGCAAGGUUUGAAGUGAAAUGAAGUAUUUCAGCUGUUAAUGAGAGCGUCAGCAUAUUUGGUAAGGUGAUCAUUUCAGUGAAGUCUUGCUCUCCUAGCCUAUCUCCCUCCCCUUGUUUUUGGAAACUUCCUUUCCUUUCAUGCUGUGCCUAAGCAUAUUAGUUUCGUAGCUUUUGAUCAGUCUCUUUGGCUUUUAAAGAUGUGAGCAGGUGAUGCAAGUGGCAAAGAGACUUGCCAGAAGUGUCUUCACAGCAGAGACUUUCCAUGUGUGGGACUUCAGAAACAGGCAAAUGACCAAGCACUGGGCUGACAAAAUGCCAAGCUUAUGUGCUUUCCUAGAAUCCAACCGUUCGUAUUUUGGUUCUUCUUUUAAAUAGAAAUGAGAGGUUUAUUUUGCCCUGUUUAAUAACAACUUAGAAUAAUAUUGUGUGCCUCAUCUCUAAAAUUCUUCAGUCAGGUCGAGUCAAGGUAAGUUGAGAAAUGCAGCCCGUUAAAUUGGAAGGGAAACUUUUUGCAGACUUCACUGGCACAUGAAGAACAAGGCCCUUCUUUGUAUGGUGGAGUUAAAAGGGGGCAUGGAUUACUUAGGAACCGUGUAAGCUCCUUAUGAUUUGGUAUAAAUAAUUUGAGUGACUCAUAUGGAAAGGAAUGUUCCUUGAAGGUCAGGUGAAGAAAAUAUUACCUGCUGCGUAUUCUCUGUAAAUAUUUUAUUUUAUCACUGCACUCUUGUCAUACGUUUCCCCUCAUGAGCCUGGGCUGCAUAGCAGGAUUGAGGCAGCCGCAGUUUUUAUCAGGAAAACAGCUUGAGGGGUUAACCCCACCUUCUCUUACUGCUGUGCUAAGUCAAUGUGGGACCAUGUUUGCUCAAAAGAAAAUAAUUACUCUGCAGUUGACGUUUUGUUUUUCCUUUAAAUGGAAAAAGUUUGAUUGUUCCAUAUAAACUGUACAAUAUUUACAUGUAACUAUAGUUACCGUAGUAAACAAAUCCACAGAGCAGAUUUCCCUCUUUGAUCAAGCUGUAUAAUCACAGGUUUGAGACACAUCCGUUGAUAUCAAACCUGCAAGCUCUUGCUUGGAAUCCAGUGCGCUGCUGACAGAAUGGCUGUGCAGUCAUUCAUUUGUUUUUCCAAUAAGUUAGGGCUCUCUCAAAAGACCGUUAGAAUUUUCUGCAUGAGCUUCAAGUGCAGAGUGUGUAAUGCAGAGCUUUGGAGAAAGCACCUUGUUUAUUCCCUCAAAUCAUAAUUCUUUUGAAAAGCCCAUUAGGGUACUUCAUAGAAUUAUGGAGUUGGAAAGGACCCCGAGGGUCAUCUAGUCCAACCCCCUGCAAUGCAGGUAUCUUAAUUAAAGCAUCCAAGACAGAUGGCCAUCCAGCCUCUGCUUAAAAACCUCUAAGAAAGGAGAGUCCACCACCUCCUGAGGGAGUCCGUUCCACUGCCAAACAGCUCUUACUGUCAGAAAAGUUCUCUGGAUGUUUAGUCAGAAUCUCUUUUCCUGUAACUUGAAGUCGUUGGUUCAGGUCCCACCUUCCAGAGCAGAAGAAAAGAGAAGCCUGCUCCAUUCUCUAUGUGACAGCCCUUAAGAUAUUUAAAGAUGGCUCUCAUAUCUCCUCUCAGUCUCCUCCUUUCCGGGCUAAGCAUACCCAGCUCCUUCCACCGCUCCUCAUAAGGCUUGGUUUCCAGAACCUUGAUCAUUCUGGUUGCCCUCAUCUGCACACCUUCCAGCUUGUCAACAUCCUUCUUAAAUUGUGGUGCCCAGAACUGGACACAGUACUCCAGGUGUGGUCUGGAAUAGAGUGGAACUAUGACUUCCCUUGAUCUGGACACAAGACUUCUGUGGAUGCAGCCUAGAAUAAUAGCAUUAGCUUUUUUGCUGCUGCCUCACACUGAUGCCUCAAGAACCUUAUAUGUGUCCCUAUUGAAUUUCUUUUUGUUAGUUUUGGCCCAGUUCUUUAGUCUCUUAAGGGCAUCUUCAAUCCCAAUUCUAUCUGCUGCGGCAUUAGUUACCCUUCCCAGUUUGGUGUCAUCUGCAAAUUGGAUGGGCAUUUGUGGAGCUUAUGCCCAUUAGAGACAAAGAGUGCCAGAAGACCUGCAGCAGCAGGUGGUAUUUCUAUCCCAUCCAUUUGCCUUUGGCUGCUGUCUGCCUCCUCUGGAGUAAGGAUGUGCUUAACUUCAGCUGGGCUAUGUACUAUAGUUUUUAAAACAAGUGAAAUAGAAUUAUAGAGUUGGAAGGGUCAUGAGGGUCAUCUAGUCCAACCCCUGCAAAUGCAGGAAUCUUUUGUCCAGCAUGGGGCUCAAACCCACGACCCUCAGAUUUAGAGCCUCCUGCUAUGUGUGGAGUGAGAUGGUGGAUUAUCAGGAGUAAACAUUGAAGUAAUUGUUUUGGGAGUGGGGGGUAGCCAGAAUUUUAUUCUUACUCUCUCCUCUUUAAAACCGUGGUUUGUAAUUGGUUUUUAAAUUACCAUAUUCUCUGUGGGCCACUAAAAUGAUGUUCUGAGUGAAAUAAAGGUAAAGGGACCCCUGACCAUUAGGUCCAGUCACAGACGACUCUGGAGUUGCAGCGCUCAUCUCACUUUACUGGCCAAGGAAGCUGACGUUUGUCCGCAGUUUUUCCGGUUCAAGUGUCCAGCAUGACUAAGCCGCUUCUGGCAAACCAGAGCAGCGCACGGAAACGCCGUUUACCUUCCCGCCGGAGCGGUACCUAUUUAUCUACUUGCACUUUGACGUGCUUUCGAACUGCUAGGUUGGCAGGAGCAGGGACUGAGCAACGGGAGCUCAUCCCGUCACGGGGAUUCGAACCACCAACCUUCUGAUCGGCAAGUCCUAGGCUCUGUGGUUUAACCCACAGCGCCACCCGCGUCCCUUCUGAGUGAAAUACCCUUAAAUUAAAGACCCCUCUUUAUAUUGCAUGAUGAGGAAGUAAAGUAUCACCUUCUUAAAUAUUGAAUAACCUCUUCCCCUCCACAAGUAUUUUUCAUUCGCUUGUUUUCUAAAACAGAAGUUGGACAAUGUAGAAAAAUCAUUCCCAUACUUGGGCUGCUCAUAGAACUGAUGCAGAAGUCCAGUCACCUCAGGGCUGUACAUUUGUAAAUAAAUAAAUACAUAAAUAGCCAGCACUGUAGGUUGUGGAGCCAAUAUAAAAAUGCAACUUUGCUAUUGUACAAGAAUAAUUCAUUUUCCAGAAACAAAGUAGGGAAAUGUGCUUCCACACAAUGCUCUGUUUUUGUGAGUUUUGUUACAGAAUUAUUUGUAUAAGGCAAGUAAAAUGAUUGUGAUUUCAUCAUCCAUUCUGGCACAGUUAAUGAUAGCAAUGUCUGCUGCUAUUUUUAUUAUUAUUAUAUAUAUAUUGCUACAAAAGUUGUGUGCCACCUCCCGUCCCUGCAAGAUCCCAGGAGGUUCCAGGCACUCACCCAGGGUCUGUGCUCCUUUAGAGAAUUGAGACAGGAGAUUGUCGUAGCUUUAAGAAAAAUGGUUUAUUCACCUGUUUACGCUUUCAGUCUGUGUGGCAGGAGUCCAGAUCUUACAGAAUAGUCAUUUCAAGGGAGCCAGCUUUCAGCCCGCCUACCCAAGAUGGAUCCCAGUCUUCCUUCCUUCCUUUUCUUCCCAGCAACCCUUCCUCAAGACUCCCCUCCCCGUCACCUCCCACCCGGUUACCCUGCCAUCCUUCCAACCCCCCAGUCUCUGUUCACACCUCAGGGCAAGGGGGGAGGACAGCUCUCUUGCAUUGCCAAGGGCUCUCAAUGGCCCUCUCUUGUUUCUUAAUGGCCCUAGCUUGGCCAGGUCAUUUUGCCUAGGAUAACCCAGGAAUUCCUUGCAGCUUGCAUUUCUCCCUUCACAUGACCAAAUAAUCAAAAUCUCACCAUUUACUAAUAUCUAGGGUUUAGGAGGGGUUUCCCCAAAAAAAUAUUCUAUAGUGUGUGUGUGUGUGUGUGUGUGUGUGUGUGUUUUGCCUCGAUAUUAGACGGGAUGAAAGCCAAUAAAGUGAAGCUCAGGCCAGAUAAGACAGAGGUCUGUUGGCGGCGGGGGCGGUUUCCUAGACCAGAUGGCUGUGAAGAUGCCUCCUCUGAAAGAGUGGGUACGCAGCCAGCGGGUCCUUCUGGAUCCUUUGCUGCAGCUUGAGGCUCCGGUGGCCUCGUGUCACAAGUCAGUAAUCGCACUCUUCAGAGUGCAAGUCAACUCAUUAUUAGCAAAAAUACGGUCUUCUCGGACUUGGUUGAGUGUCAGACCUAAUGAGCACAGCAUCUCAUCCCAGGUAGGUCUGGCCCCAUGGAUCACUUGCCAAGACUGAAAGCCCCGCCACCUCACAGCCUCCUUUUCCUUAACAUGGGGCUGUGAGGGUUGUCUUUCUGUCUGUUUGGUUGUGGGUUGCUUUGGGCUGCCCUGGGCAAGAUAAAGCAACCAAAAAUUAAAUAAAUAAUAAUAAACAAUAUUAAAUAGUUUCUUCUUGCCCCCGUUCCCCCGCUCUACUCUGUUUUGUCUUAUAUAAUGCCUGCUGUAUUUCUUUGCAGUGCUGACCACCCAGGGCCCCACGGGGGGCAACUUGUAUGCUCAAGCGAGGAAGAAAAGCUGCUGUGAGAGCCCCCUUCCCCGCAGGGCCCCGGCUGCUGCCGUCACCAGCCCUGACCCCAGGGACUAUGCCUGGUCCGUGGGCAGCGACUCGGGACACUCUACAGCCUCUCUGAGGACGGACAAGACUGAAGAGCGUCCCCUGCCAGAAACCCAGAGUGUCCUGAGCCCCCUGGAGAAAGAGGGGCUGGAGCAAUUGCUGAGCGGCCUUGGUCUGCAGAACUCAGCCAGGCCUCCUAAGGAUAUGACCGAUGCCCAAAGCACGUUCAGUGGGACUCGCCACAUAGUACCCGCCCAGGUUCAUGUGAAUGGAGGUGCUGAGCACAAGGACAGGGAAACAGACAUUCUGGAUGACGAGGUGUCCAGCCACGACCUCCACAGUGUGGGCAGCCUUGGGACUUUGUCCUCCUCCGAAGGGCAGCAUUCCAACCACCUUGGAAACUUCCGCUGCCACAAAAGCAGCCAGAAUUCUCUUCUGUCAGAUGGCUUUGGAAGUAAUACUUUGGAGGAGGAGUACAGCAACACUCUGGUCCCAGAUUUGGACAUUGAUGGAGACGGCAGAUAUGAGAGGCACUUUGGAGGCACCGACCCAAAGCAGUCUCAGCAGCUGCCGAGGAAUACUGCCGUUUCCACCGAGCCAGAGGCCUACAGCCUCAGUGGCUACCCAACCCAGACAUGGGUGCGGGAACAACAAAUGGUCGUCACUCACCAGUACGCUUACGGCCCAGAGAAUGAAGUACGGCUUGGUAUUCGUGGUGUGGCUGAGAACUCCGGCAACCUGCGCAGCCAAGCCAGAGGUCCAGAUACCCCUGCGCGGGGAUCCAGCAGCAGAGAUGCUGUGCAGAGGAGCCUUGGGAGUAUGCUACCAUCCAGCAAGAUAGCACAAAUCCCUGGCCCUGAGGUUUUAAAAUUACAACACAACCUUGAACUGGGAUUGAACGUGGGAAACGAUUCAGCAGGCUUGCCAUCCUCCCCCACCCUGGAUAUUGAUCAGUCCAUUGAACAGCUUAAUAAAUUAAUAUUAGAACUGGACCCAACAUUUGAGCCUAUUCCCACAUGUAUCAAGACAAUCAGCAGAGACACAAGCCAGCUGAACGGCCUUGCCAGCCCUAAAAUGGACAUGGGGGGGUUUGGGAUGAGCCCCAGAUUCCAUGGGAAGGGAGAAGUCCUGGACAGAAACCUGCCUCAGCAGGGUGAGUGCAUCAAUGAAAUGUGUUUUUCUUCUGUGGUUAAAAGCUUCCAUUUGCCAUUGCAUAGUGUGAAUAUGUUAAAAGUUUGUCACUGAGAAAUGGAGUAUCUCAGUAUCUCCCUAUUACAGAUCUCUGGAACAUUGGGAUGGAACUGAAGUCAUUUAUCUUUUUUCAUUAAUAUGUUUCUUUCUACACCUUAUAUCAAAAUAAUUUCUGUCUUUAUAUUUCAAUCAUUAUAUUAAACCCAAAGAGGCACGCAUAGACCAUGAAAUCCCAAGAUUCAAAGUGGCCAAUCAGAUCUUCCCUGUUACGAUUUGGGUUUCUCGUGUCACUUCCUCUCCCGCUGGAUCCUCCCUGGGAGAAGAUUCGGGGGUGAGAAUGGCAGUUCUCGUUCUUUUCAGUUGCUUUAGUUCUGUGAGGUUCAGGCUGGGGAGACAGAUGAGUAAGGAGAGAGUAUAUUCAAAUAUUUAUUUAUUGUUAUUUUAUUUGUUAAAUUUGUGUACCACCCUUCAUCUUUAGCUCUCACAAAAUGUAUAAGAAAAACAAGAAGGAAAAAGCACAAACCAGUAAACGCCCUCCCUCACUCCUCCCACAAACACAUUAAAAAAGGGUAUAAGAUGUUAAUCAAGCCAAAGGCCUGGUUGAAGAGAGACAUUUUGCCUGGCACCUAAAGGUGUACAGUAUAAAGACAGUCUAGAGUUGUGAACAUUUUUGGAAUUGUUUAUUUUGGAGACAGUUACAGUGACACCUCCAAGUUAAUAAGAAAGAGCUGUUCACAGAGUUAGUUGCUUAGUCCUCCUCCCAAGCUGAAAUGAGCAUAUCCUAUCUGUGUGAUUGUACAGAUAACCCCACACUGUAUAUAGUCGAGGGGACUGCAUUUGUUUGUGCCUCCACAAUGGGAAGAUGGUCAGAAGCAAGGUUUAGGGCUGCUUAGAAUAAAUAUUAAUUAUUUGGUAAUAUUCUAUCUAGCCCAGCAUUCUGUCUCCUUAGCAGCAUACAUAGACCCAGGAGAAGUAGACUUACUUUUUUGUUUUGUCUAUAAUGCAGGUACUUUACUUGCGAUUUGCCAUUUAUGGGAAAAAAAGGUCAUUAUUCAUUUACUUUUUCCCCCUUAGGAGAAACUCAUGAGACAAGAAUUAUGAAAGACUCCCUGUAUAACUCUUUUCUUUUUAUUAUGAACAGAGUUCUCAAAAUACAAGCAAUAUGUAAAAAAGAAAAAAGUUGUAAAAAUUCAUCACCAUCAUCAUUUAUUAUUUAUUCCCCGCCCAUCAGGCUGGGUUUCUCCAGCCACUCUGGGCGGCUUCCAGCAAAAUAUUAGUAAAGGUAAAGGGACCCCUGACCAUUAGGUCCAGUCAUGGAGAACUCUGGGGUUGCGGCGUUCAUCUUGCUUUAUUGGCUGAGGGAGCCGGCGUACAGCUUCCGCGUCAUGUGGCCAGCAUGACUAAGCCGCUUCUGGCGAACCAGAGCAGCGCACAGAAACGCCGUUUACCUUCCCACCUAUUUAUCCACUUGCACUUUGACGUGCUUUCAAACUGCUAGGUUGGCAGGAGCUGGGACCAAGCAAUGGGAGCUCACCCCGUCGUGGGGAUUCGAUCCACCGACCUUCUGAUCGGCAAGUCCUAGGCUCUAUGGUUUAACCCACAGCGCCACCUGCGUCCCAGCAAAAUAUUAAAAUACCAUAAAUAAUGAGACAUGUGGAAAGCACCAAACAUUGGGAGUGCUUUGAAUCUGAAUGUAGUGUUUCGUGUAUAUGUGUGUGUGUGUGUGUUCCCCAUCCCUUUUAAGCUAGAUCUCACUGCAGUCUUAAAGAGGGAGGCUCUGAAUGGCUUUUGGAAGCAUUUGUGAAUGUCCCCCACCUUUAACCGUGGCUGUGACAUCAAAAUCGGGCUCAACAAGGAAGACCUUUAAGGUUGACCCUGUGUUCUGAGCAGGACUUGCCCGGUAAGCAAGGUGGAGAGCUUGAAAGCUCUCCUCCAGCUCCGCAAAGGUAAGGAUGCUCACACAGGGGCAGUUCCAAGGGGACGCAUACUCAUGUAUACUCAUUUCUGCAUAUACGCACCAUCCCCCAAAUAUCACCCCCACAUAAGAUGCAAAUGUGCUGUAUUUUCAGAGACCACUGAAACAUCUCUAGGAGAAUCUUGCUGAUGAAAAGCAGAUCUCAGAAAAUAGCAGCUGUGUUCUCUGCCCGGUUUGUAGAGGCGGAAUCUGCUCUUCCCAGUUUAAGGCCAACAGAAAUGGCUUCGUCCACAGCUGAUCCAAGGGUUGAGAGGCCUUUGGCUAAUGCCUCUGGCCAGGCCACUCUCAGCUGAAUACCUGGCGGGAACGGAAGUAAAUACAACCUCAGGGUUCAGGCUAAUGUCUCUCAGGUGUUUCCCUUCCCUUUCACCCCAGUUCUCCCUUCCAGCCAGGAAAGCGGCAAAUGUUUACUGUGACAAUACUUAACAGGUUUCAUCUAAAUUCAGCCAGUUAUUGUAGAAUUACCACAAGACCUGCUAUUUCUAAAAUUGGAUCAUCCAAGUUUUCUGUGGUGAUAAGAUAUUUCACAAAUUGAAUUAUGAAUAUCCAGCUCUUCUGGGCAUCAGUCAUACAAGAAAUAUGCAAAAUAACUAAGCAGGUAUUAGAAGUCACCCCAGAACUGGCCUUACUAAACAUCUUCCAAGAUAAUAAUGCCCAUUUACACCACAAAGAGCUCAUAACCCACCUACUCUCAGCAGCCAGAAGCAUCAUAGCCAGACACUGGAGAGACCUGUCAGGAGUAAGCCUGGACCAAUGGUACCAAAUAGUAGGGGAAACAGCCCUAAUUAACCAACAAACUGAAACUGACACAGGGACAAAUAGAAGAAGACGCCUUCAUCACAUACACAGCCCACAAGACAACAACAGGAACCCGCCAACAGCAUUCGAAUCAAUCUGUCUAACCUGAUCCAAAAACACACACACACCUCACUCACACACGAAAACAAAGUUCACCACAGCCAAUCACAAACAAGCAACCACACCCAUGGCCAACCCCAACCCCUCUCACCACCAAAGGAAUACAAGCGAAUAGUAAAGAGAACCCGCACAAGCGAUGCUGACACAAACCCCCCCACAUACAUUAAAUAGAAUAGAAGCAUUGCCACCCUCCCCCUCCCCCUCCCCCUCCCCCUCCCCCUCUUUCUCCCUUUUCUUCCUAAUGUAACACUAAUGUCUCAACAAAUGAAACUGACCUGUAGAAAAUGUAACUUGAAAAAAGAGACAUUGCACAUAACUUUUGUAAACCAAGAAAUCUUUAAUAAAAAUAUAUUAUUAAUAAUAAUAAAUUGAAUCAUAAACAGUGUACUAGAAGCAGACCACUUUUUGCCUGUUCCCUGGAAAGAAAAUAUUUUAGGAUGGAAAAGGGGCUUUUAGCCUAACUUUCCCUUAGGCUGUGCUUAAAAAGGGAAGCUUCCAUUUGCCACCCUGCUAUGUCUUCCCCAUUUCUUUCUCCCCUACGCUUACAUAAAAAUGCACACAUGUGCUGGCAGCUGUAGCAUUUCUGAUAAACAAGGAAGAAUGUCUUAUAAAUAUUCAGCAACCGGCGUUAAUUCCUUUUUAUGAGCAAAUAGCAGUACAGAGAUGACAUAUGGCAAGUAUUGACCGGGGCUCACUUGGAAUGCAAAAUGUUAGAAUUUACUUUGGCUAGGUUUGCUGACAACACUGCAGUCAGUGAUGCCAUUUUAAGUAAAUCUACUUGAUUUUAUCCUUGGCAAUGAAUUACAUCUCUUUGCUGCAAACUCACUUUACCUGGUGGUCACUUUUUAUAUUGCCCAAUAGAUUUUGCUGCAAAGUAUCUGUCUGAAUGUUUAACGUGUAACCAGAUCGAGCUUCUCUGUGUGUUUGUAUCUCCAGGCUCUCAAGCAGAUGACGUAUUGAGUGGACUAAACAAGAAGUUAAGCCGGGCACAGUUUGAGAACAAUGUCUCAGCACAGCCAUUAUAUCCAAAGUGUGAAUGGGCGGAGCCUUCUGCGGAAAGACUAGGUUCAUACAGGCCUGGAGGGGAGUCAAAUGAGGUAAGAAAGUUGGUUGGCAUCCAUCUGUCUUGAGAAAGAAUGGAAGAGUGCGCCUUUGGGGGUGAGGCCAAGCUGUUGGAAGGUUGCAGCACCUGCUGUGUCUGUAGAGGCUGAUAGGGGAGAGACAUGUUUUGUUGCAGCUGGGGCAGAGGAAGGCAUCUGGUUGUGCUGCUGCAGGUGUACCAUGGUGUUUCUUCCUUCUGCACUCCUCUCAGCAGUCAUUCCUCCUCUGGUCACUGCUGUCGAUAUGUGACCUGACUGGUUGUCUCCAGGUGCUGCUGUUGUCUACAAGGGAGUCCCACAUGGCGGGGUUGAGGUUGCCAGCUUUCAUGUCAUGUUUGCAGGUACCUUUGUGUAACACAGUUGGUCUGCCAAUGGGUCUGAUGCAUGAGGCCAGUUCCCCGUAGAGCACAUCCUUGGCGAAUGUUGCUGGUGUCAGCAGCAAGUUGGAUGCUCUGGCACAGCUCUAGGAGUCAUUGGCACAUCGUCUGGCAAUCCGCUGGGCAUCACUCCUUGCCUUUCUCAGUGUAGCAAGUGUAUUUUCACAGGGAACACACUUGUAGUUGAGGAGGGCCUCACAGCAAUAACAGAUUCCAUGUCCUUUAAUGCCAGCCUCUAACCAGCCGGAAGUCGGUUUGUUUCUUUUGCCCAAGGAGGACAUAGCUGUGUUAUAGGUUGCCUCUUGGAUGCGGUCUCACCUUGCUUCAACACUAUGUCUGGUGCAGGUCAGUAGAGCUUGUUCAGCAAAAUCAGGGAAGCACUCAAAAAGUUCAGGCAUGACUGUUCUGGCAGUGUUGAUUCAAGGCCGCACUUUCUACUUUGGGCUGUCUUUGGCUGGAGAUGGAUCUUUCUUGCCACCAGGGAGUGACUAUCUGUGUCACAGUCAGCAUUGUGGUAGCUCCAUGUGGCACAAACACAGUUCAAUGCUGAUUGCCUGGUGACAAUCAAGUCCAGCUGGUUCCUGUGGCCCGAUAUUGGCUGUUUCCAGGACACUCAAUGUUUUGCCUUGGUAGAGAAGAACGUGCUCGUGGCGCAAAGGCUGUGCACAGUUCAAGCAGGCCUUCCUUUGCCCGUUUUCCUUCAUGCUGCCAAUAAUACCAAAGUGUCCAAUGUGUGAUGAUCGUUCCCAACUCUAGCACUGAAUUCUCUCAGCAGGAAUAGGUGUUCUUAGGCUGGGACCCUCCUGACAACCUGGUCUUGAUCCUCUUAGAACUGGUCCUUGGUCUGUAUGGUCAGAGGACAAAGUGGGAGCCUAGACACUCAAGAUGCUAACCAGACCGGAGGUUGUUGAGAGGCGGAGGGAAAGCAAGCAUUCUGAGCCCUCCGGCUGGUGAUUCUAUCACAGGCAGAAGAGAAGUCCUCACUGUGAAAGCUAUGCCGUGAAUGUGCCCUCCUUGCCAGAAAAAGGUGUAGUUUUACUCUCAGAGGCUGCCAUUCGAAGUGAGUCUGGUGUCCUGCAGAGCAGCAAGGUCAGUGUUGAGCCUUUUCAGCUCACGGUCAAUGACGGCCAUCUUCCAUGAGUCAUUGACCUGUAACAGGCUGGUGGACAAGCCAGGACACAUGGUCCUGAUGUACCAGCUUGCUAGGCACAAAGGAGUUUGUUUCCAUUGCCUUAGGGACUCCAUUCCGGAUUUGUGUAGAGUUUACUCCUUCACCUUUUCUUCUCCCAAAGAUGUUCUGCAAGGCAGUGGGUUUGGAUUGUUCCUCAGGGUUUACUCCUGAAACUUUUCUCAAGAAUGAGUAUGGCUGCAAGGCAUGAAGGUUUAGGAUCAGCAUUGUCCUAGACAGGCUCCCUUUCCAAGAUGACAAGCCCCACCUGCCCCUCAUUUCCCUCAGCAGCAGGUGCAGGAAGCGCUUUACUGACCCUUGGACCCAGUGUUGGUCUUGUCCACUCAAUCCGCCAGAGCCUGUCUUUGCAUGCAGGGAUGUCCCUCACUCACCAAGGGUUUCAGACCCAUCAGUCAACCUCACCUGUUUAGCCAGGCAUUUGAAGCCAUUUCCCCCCAGGGCGUGUCCGCUGUCGCCUGCUGACAGCUUCUAGGAGCCACAGGUGAGAGCUGAGUGCAGGGGUGGGGGGCAAAGAUGAGCAAACUGCCCAAGAAGGAGCGCUGCGUGUCCCCCACCAGAGGUACUUCCUCUCCCCUGACACCCCAUACACCCCAGGUAAGAACGUAUUACUUGAGUAAGAAUGCCUAAUCUACCACUGUUUUCGAGAUUGUCUGCAUGCCUGCAAAGAUUUGGAACCAGCCCUGUGCUGUUGUUGUAGUUACCACUUUGGACCCAGGAGAUGUAAAUCUGGCAAUGGGGUCAGUGGUCAUUUCCCCAGAUUAACUGCGACUGGGCUGCAUGUGUCCACUUGUCUGCGGCUUUAGGAGCGCUGAGAUCUUUCUGUUUUAAAAGAGGGGCAAAAGGUUUAUGUAGGCUGACUUGAUCAUGCCUGGAAAAAUGGGCUUCCUCCAUGUUUCUAUUUUAUAUUCUAGAGGAGUGUUGAACACUAUCAGGAAGACCUGGAUGAAGCAGACAGCAGCAUCUUCUCACCAACAAAAAAUGGGAAUGAAACGCUCCAAACUACUCCAGCAUUUCCAGUAUCACCAGAGACUCCCUAUGGUGAGACAGCGAGUUUUGUAUUUUGCUUCUAUAUCUUAUAACCAGGGCUUUUUUCAGCCGGAACUCACUGGAACUCAGUUCUGGCGCCUCUCAAGUGGGUGCCAUUGCCAUUGUCCUCACAGCUCUGGCCUCUCAGAACUGUGCUCUUAGAACUGUUAGAAUUGUUCCACAGUACAGACGAGACUUUCCUUGUGCAAAAUAGCUGCAGCUUCUUCAACUGUUUGCUUAACAUUAAUAACAGGAAGCAAAACAGGGAGUAUAAAUAGAUAAAAAGUAGGUAUCUUGUGCACUUAAUGGUCAUAUAAAAGACGGAAUUUCAGCAGACAUGUCUCUUUAGACUCUCACAUGGCAAGGUGCACCUGCCAAAAUUCCCUUUUCUGUAUAGCUGUUGAAAAUACAGGGACUUCAUUCUUCUUUGCAUUUGAUCACCCUAGAGACCCAGACCUAUUGCAGUAUUAACAACAAUAAAAUUGCUGAAGUGUGCAAGAGGCCUGAGUUGGAUCAGAUGCUAUAUUUAGCUUUGCAUGUUUUGUCAGCUAAAACAGUUAAUCAUUUACAGAGAAUCCAGGUACACAUAUUCCUGAAUGUGGACUCUGCACAUAGGUGACAUUUUAAGUAUAUUUUAUCCUGCAUGGUUGAUGAAGUUUGGCGCUUCAUGAGAACAAAGAAUUUCUAGAAUAUUUUUCCUACUGCUAACAUUUCUGUGGACAGUCUGCAAAUUCAGUCGUUUGGCUGCUUGAGCAGUGUUACUAUGCUAAUUACUGAAACAUUUCAUUGCAUAAAUGAUAUCUUAAUAAAGCACUGCCUUCAGAGUUACAUAAUCUAUUCAGUGCAGAAGGCUUUUGGAGUGUGGGGUGUCCGGGUGUGAACUUGCACACGCAUCCAUACUCACCUCGAUUAUUAUUGCAGGCACCCCACCCCACCCCGUUUACACAGGGGUUACGUUCCAGGAGCUUGUGCAUGUAGGUGAAGCUGUGUAAAGUGGGAGCACCCCACUUUAAUAGGGAGAGAAGAAAGAGAGACAAGUGUCUCUGGAGUAGAGAGGCUUGGAAGUUGGCAACUCUCCCCCCCCCCCCCCAGCGUGUGGUGAGGGCGGGGGUGGAGUAAGGUGCACCAGGUGAGCAAUAGGGGGUUGAGGCUAAGCUGGGCAGGUUGACCUUCCCUCCCCCUCGCCCUCCACGCACUGGCACCUCAUUCCCAAGUGGGGGUUGGGGUGCUUGGGUUGCCUGCAGGCUCCACCCCAGGCUGCCAAGCCAUCUCCUGCUGCAAGCUGGGCAAGAGGGCAACCGAGAGCAGCCACUGCCCUCCCACCCACCCCCUUGAUGCUGCCGCCCACCACAUCCUGGGGCUUCUGCACUGCAGCCUUUCCCUGGUUUGGGCAGCAGCCCCAGCGAGGGGAGGGAGGACAGUCUAUGUAUUUAUUUAUUUUGUGGCCGUCCACAUAAAUGCAGUCACACAGGAGUGGGAAGCGAGGGGGGGUAUAUAAAAACAGGAUGAAAUAGAUUAAAACCACAGAGCCAUCCAUAUUCCCACCUAGGCAAAGAGAAGGGGGCAGAUCUAACCUUAAUAAUAUACAUACAGAAACAUCACAAUAGAGGUGGUGAUACCUACUAGGGGCAGGUAACAGAAGCCUGGAUAUCCUCUUAGCAAAAUGGGACCAACUGAGCAUAAGUUGCCAUACUUUGUGCUAUUUCUAGUGUGUCCCUUGAUGGUGAAUUGUCCCAGAACUGGACAAAGCUUCUCAGAGGGAGCUUCUAUUAUUGGGCAUGUUCAUAAAUGAACUGUUUCUGGUGGUAUUUUUCCCUUUUCUCCUUGACAAAAACAUGUUUGUCAGAGAGGACUAUGAUCUGUGCAUGUUCAGUCAAGCCGGGUGCUUUCUGUUUCUGCAUACCAAAAUAUGUUGUCACUGUCAGUGAAAAUGACUUGGAAAAAACAAAUGAUCUGCAACCAGACUAUUUCUAUGAAGAUCUGUCAAAUAGAUGCCCCAGAAUUCUUUGGCUUUUUAGGUUCAUCCAAGUUUUUGAUUAAACUGGUUUGAGAUUCCUCUUUGGAAACUAUAAAACAGAAGCUGCUGAUAGGACCUUAAAGAAAGUUAGUUUUUAAUGUUUACUCCAUCAGUAUGUUCCUGUUUUCUCAUCUGUUUGUUAAAAAUAUACCCUGCCUUUCACCUCAGUUAGACCAAGGCAGCUGGACAGUAAGCAUAAAUACUGCAGCGCUCUGAGCACAUUAUAAUACAUGGGUGUAGAUCUGGGGCAGAUCCUGCACCCAAGAUCCUGCCCACCCCAUUCCCAUAUCCAUACAUUAUAUCUAAAUGAAUGUCUGAGAAGGGCUCUAGUCUGCACUGAGCUAGCGUCUUCUUUGAGCCAGGAAGCUCUUAGUUCACAUUUCAUCCUUGAACUCCCUUGGUGGUCUCAGGGAAGGCACUUUUCUGUCUAUCUUGUGCUAUUUCCCCCCACUAUGUCGCUGUGAGAAUAGCUGCUUUUUCUGCACCCUGCAUUUUGUGCUAUCGUAAGGUACAUUUUGUGUGCUUUGCUGCUAAUUUAUUCAUCAUGUUUGUCUGCAAGUUUAAAUUCUGCAUUUGCUGGAUGCUUCUGUUUUUAUGUUGUGUUCUUACCUGUUUGUGAGUCAGAUAAUGAAGGAUUGGUGAGAUUGAGGGUCAGGACACCACUGAUCAGGCUUGCCUCCCAUGAUUGAGGGGUCUGGGGCCAUGCAAUGUCACCACACACAUGCAUGCACUCCCCACAACAUGCACGCAUGACGUCAGCACGCCCCACAGCCCCACAUAGAUGGCGCCCCUGCCACUGAUCCUUGGGUCUCCAGCAGAAGGGGUUAUGGCAGUGGAGAUGCGAAUGGCCAUGAAAGGGAACUGAGGAGCCUCAUGCUGCCUUCACUUGUCCAGGAGCAGCCUGGUUGCUGAAUCAGCAGCUCCCUUGAGUCUUCAGCUCCUGCUGCUCAAUGCCAGUGGAACAUACAGUGGUACCUCGGGUUACAGACGCUUCAGGUUACAGACGCUUCAGGUUACAGACUCCGCUAACCCAGAAAUAGUACCUCGGGUUAAGAACUUUGCUUCAGGAUCAGAACAGAAAUUGCAUGGUGGCGGCACGGCAGCAGUGGGAGGCCCCAUUAGCUAAAGUGGUCUUCAGUUUAAGAACGGCCCUCCAGAACGAAUUAAGUUCUUAACCCGAGGUACCACUGUAGUUCAUUUAGGAUUUAAUCCUGGAUAAGCAUGUUGUUCUGGUUUGUAUUACUAAUACCUAGCUGGAGAAAUGGGGUAUGUUUGUAAACUCCUCCCAGUUAUGUCCAUGAGGUUUCUUGGAAUGGUCUUCAUAGGCAGGAACCUGCAAUCUUCUAAUUUCAAGUUCUGACGCUGGGAAUGGGCAAGGCAGAGAUAGGUUAAGAAAUAGGGGUUCAGCCUGUCUUAGGUGAGGUGGAAGAUUCAGGUUCACAAUUUGGGAAUUCCUGGGAUUAUUUUAUGUUAUUGAUUGAUUUAUUUUAUAAGACUACUUAUAAACCACCAGCUCAUGAAAAAUACCACAUUGGUAUCAUUAAAACAUCAUAAUACAGUGGAACCUCGGUUUUCAAGCUUCUCGGAAGCCGGACGUUUUGGAAGCCGAAUGCCAAAAACCCGGAAGUAAUUGCUUCCGUUUUUGAACACGCCUCAGAAGUCAAACGGCUUCCGCUGCAUGCUUUUCUUUUUUCUCAGUGGAUUUUGCCGACUGCCCCUUGCUCCUGAUUUCCAACAUUUUGGAAGUCAAACGGUCUUUGAGAACAGACUACAGUGGUGCCUCGCAAGACGAAAUUAAUCUGUUCCGCGAGUCUCUUCGUCUUGCGGUUUUUUCGUCUUGCGAAGCACGGCUAUUAGCGGCUUAGCGGCUAUUAACGGCUUAGCGGCUAUUAAUGGCUUAGCGGCUUUAAGAAAAAGGAAACAAACUUGCAAGAACUCGCAAGACGUUUCGUCUUGCGAAGCAAGCCCAUAGGGAAAUUCGUCUUGCGGAACGACUCAAAAAACGCAAAACCCUUUCGUCUAGCGAGUUUUUCGUCUUGCGAGGCAUUCGUCUUGCGGGGCACCACUGUAUGUUCAAAAACCGAGGUUCCACUGUACUAUAAAAUUAUAAAAUACAGAGCAAAAUACUGCUGCAAUCCCAGGAGUUGCUGUGGAAGAUAUCCACAACUGGCCAGUUUACAUAUUGCAUUUUUCCAUUUGAGGCUACAUCUUUGUUUGCACAAAAGAGCACUGUGAAAAUGUGUCUUCCUCUACUUUUAAGUUGUGUGUCAGGUAAGCAAUCUGGCCCACGAACAGCUAAUCCCAUUUGGAAAAGCAGGUAGCCUUCUUCAAGCAGUAUGUAGUUCCCCCUGGCUUUUCAAAUUAAAUGUAAACAUCAAAAACAUCCAGCAGUGGAAACUCGGUAGCUGGCAUUGUGAGGGCAGCUAGUUUUGCAAUGGAGGGUUCCUGUGUGCUUCUGAAGAAACAAGAAUGCUCUGUGUAUCCCACUCUGGGACUUAUAAAGACCCUCUUGUCUUAUGCCUCAAGCAGUGAAUUGAGGUCCCUUUGUGUAGCUGCAUUACACAAGCUAAAACAUUCUGCACCAAGCCAAUUGCCAGAGAUUUGAGCUGCGUCUCACAAAUGUUCUGUGCUUGAACAUUUGCUGCCAUAGAAUCACAGGACUUGGAAAGGAUUUUCAAAGGUCAGCAGAAGCUGACACAGAGACUGGAUUCAUUAAGCCAAAACUGUCCACAGAGAGAGGUUUCUUCAGUCUAGCUUUCAAAAUCUCCAGCCCAUAUAUUAACCCACUCCUGCAAAACCGUCCCAGCGUGCCGGGGGGGGGGCAGUCAGGACAUGGUGGAGGGCCACUUCUCAAAUGGCUAGGCUAUGAAGAGGCCUGGCCUGGCUAGUAAGCAACAGUGGCGUAGCGUGGGGGGUGCAGGGGGGGCCGGCCGCACCGGGCGCAACAUCUGGGGGUUAGGGUUAGGGGGCGCAAAUCCACGGGUUAGGGGGCACAAAUUACUUGCCUUGCCCCGGGUGCUGACAACCCACGCUACGCCACUGGUAAGCAACAGGUUUUUUUGGAAGCUUGUAACUGAGCCCACAAAACACCCCACCAAAUAGCAUUUGUUGUCUUUCUUUCUUUUAAAACUUCUCUUAGUUCAAGGAGCCUUAAGGAAGAAAGGCCCACAAGAAGGAAGAGAAGUGGACUGUUCUGCUUAGCACCAUUGCUCUUGCCUUGUAUGCAGUGUCAGGGCCUUCCUGAGAAGCAAACUAAGCACCCAGGCAGGGAACAAGCACGCCUGCAAAAAGUGUGUCCCUUAUGUGCAGACAGGAAGGGCCAGGCAAGCGUCUUUCUUGCUUUCCUUGUUCCCCGUGACCGCAAGCAAAAUAUGCCUUUGCUACUCUCUUGCUAUCUUUCUCUUACUGGCACUGGGAAGCAGUUCUUGUGGGGAAGGUUCUAUAGGUUGGGCAGUGAGGCUCAUCUCUUCAGUCCCUGGCCAUGAUCCAAACAGAGAUAAGCCCCCAUAGCAAGGGAAACUUCUUUCUUAAGGCUUCUGGGUUCAAGCAGGGGUGGGUGGGGGAGUGAUUUCUGUGUUGUUAUUGUGGAUGGGGAGAGGAGUGGUCUCUUUCUGACUCCUUUUCAAGCAACCCACCAGCAAAAUUUUCCCCAUUCCGUCCAUCACUGAUAAUGGCCCGUCUGGCUUCCAUUGAAAACUUCUUACCAGUGGGGUUCUUGUAAGAAAUAUCUUCAAAUAUAUAAUGUAUAUAUUGCAUUGCAUAAAUUCUGCUGCUUUUUAUUCAUUUUGGGUCUAAUCCAACCCAAGUUGGUCAUGGUGCCUUGUCUAACUUCAUUGCUAUAGUCAUGACUGGAUUGCAUUGGAGAUAUUUUAUGGCUGCCAGAUCUACCCUAUAUGUCUGUCUGUCUGCAUUCACUCCUUUACUAAUAUCAAGGCGAUGGUAAUUGUUAGAAGUAGAAAUCAAACAAGGUGUGGGAUCAGCCCAUAUUUAUCUGACUUCAUCUCCCUUUUUUCCCUUGCUAGUAUCAGUUCUUCAGAAUUUCUAGCAUCUUUUGGAAAGGUGGUGACACUUUACUGCCUCUCAAACCAAGUUUGAAUAAUUAUAAAUCUGCUGUCAGGGAUAACAUUUAUUGUUGUUACAUGGACAGCUACCCAUGUUUCCUUGAGUGGGGGGGGCGCUGUGGCCCCUGAGAUGUUGUUGGGCACCAGCCCAAGGAUAAGCAUAAGGAUCAGGGACAGUUGCACCCCAACAACAUGUGGGAGCCUCAAGUUCCCCAUUCCUGUCCUCAAGGAUGUCGGUUCCCCCAGCUUCCUGGAUUAUUCUUGCUAUCAGAUGUUUGCAUUGUUCUGUUUCUUGUGUUUACACUGAACUUCCAAGAGUUUGUGGAUCUCAGAACUCAGGUGGAAGAUGAGAUGGAUACAAUUUUAGCUUCCAACAAUACCCUAAAAUUUGUAAUUGCAGAUAAAGAUAAAUAUUUGGUACAAAGCAAAGCAUGUGUGUCUCUUGUUCAGUAUGCAGCAGGCUGGAUUUUCCUGAAUAGAUUUUAAAAGGUUGUUUGUUUUAAUAAUUGGUAGGCCGCCCUUCUGCAUAAAUAUUUCUAGGAUGGCUUACAAGUUAAAAUAUAGAACACAUGCAGACAAUGAAAAUCAAGAUAAAAGAUAACGCUGUGACGGGGUGGGAAAAUGCUCUGCCCCACCCCCUUCUUUGUCCAACUGCAACCCAACAGUCCUACAGUGUUAUCAACAGGUCUUUCUCUCUGGUAGUUGCUGCCACCAGCUUCCCACUUACCGUACUCUUGCAGCCCUGACGGGAGGGGACCUGGGUGCACCAAACAGAUUACUUUUGGAAAGGCUGCAAGCCAGUGCACUUGGCACUCCCCAGUUUAACCGCGACACAGAUUGCUAGGGAAAGCAGGGCUAGCUUCCAGCUGCCCUUUCCUUGUCCAAGAUCAAAGAAGCUUGCUCAUUUCCCUGGGGACUCUGAGACCAACGCGCCUUGCGUUUCCCAGGCAGUUCCCUUAUUAGUUACUCAGAGUGUACAAGCAGCCUACACUCCCCGGGUCUCUCCCACGUCUCGGAAAAGCGCGCUGGUCUACUACAAUCCUGAUCCUAAACUUCCUAGCCUAUUCUUUACAUGACAGAUGUUAUGGUUUACUCACAAAUAAGCAGCAAAGAUAGCCAACUUCAUAGAAAGUCCAUUCUGGACUGCAGGGAACUUGACUCUCAGAACCCCUUCCAGCUCAACAGUAUGUGUGUGAAUGUGCUUAUUAAGAUUUUUCUUAAGUAAUAAAAGUACAUGCAGCAUCUGUUUUCAAAUCAUAGAGUCCUUCAAACAGGUCACUUACAUUCAGGGUGAGACAUUAUUGUCUCUUCCCUCUCCUGGGAGGAGUGAAUCCUGACUGUUUCUGACCAGUAAGAUCCCAAAUGUUCAUAUUAUUACCAAGCAAGGUAUUGAAAACUGGUGGUUUAUUCUGUAUGUUAAAUGUUGGAAGUAAAGAAUGUUUGCUCAUUCAUUCAUUCAUUCAUUCAUACAAGGAAACAAACACUGAACUUUAUUUGCUGCCAGUUAAAGUCUCCGCUUACAAUACAACCAUUACUCAUUUCAUGCUAACCGUAGGUAUAUAAUUUGUUGUCCAGGUAAGACUCUCCAAGAGUGCAUGGCAAACUGAUUAAGAGCGCACUCUGAGAGGGAAACUCCAGAGGCUGCAAUCCUAAACUAUGAAAUAAAUUCAGUGAAUUUAGUGGAACUUACAUCUGAGCAAACAUGCAAAGGAUGGCACUGGGAAAGGAUGUUUUGCUCUAUGAAACUUGGAAGUAGGUGAUGAGCAGGUCUGCAUUCUCCAUCACCCAACAGCCUUUCUCCAUCUUCUCCAUGCAAAGGACCUUCUCCUUCCUUUCUCUUUCUCUUUCUUCAGCCAUAAGUGAAAAAACCACUUUCUAUUAUUAACUUCUCUUGCAAUCCUGAGCUCAUUCUGAGCUUUAGCCUGCAUGACCUUCCCUCUGCAAGUGUUGGCUACUCAUUUAUAUUCUUGUAGCAUUUCUAGCCACAGUGCCUAUGUUUGACUGCUAGGCCCAUUUAUGAAAGUAAUUUUAUACACUAAUGUCCUAUUUCACUGCAAAUUUGUUUUGCUUCUCCUGAACAGGGACAUACCAUCUGAAAGCUGAGAGGGAGGGAGAGAUAACAGAUCAUGCUUGGGGAGUCUCCCACUUCCUUCUUGGGUCUCCCACUUCCUUCUUGGGUCUCAUUUUUUAAUGUGGAAAACAUCCUCUCCACACACCCCAGAAAAAUAGGACUGCUUUCGUGAGAGCCAGUGUGGUGUAGUGGUUAAGAGCGGUGGACUCGUAAUCUGGUGAAUUGGGUUCGCAUCUCCGCUCCUCCACAUGCAGCUGCUGGGUGACCUUGGGCCAGUCACACUUCUCUGAAGUCUCUCAGCCCCACUCACCUCACAGAGUGUUUGUUGUGGGGGAGGAAGGGAAAGGAGAAUGUCAGCCACUUUGAGACUCCUUCAGGUAGUGAUCAAGCGGGAUAUCAAAUCCAAACUCUUCUUCUUCUUCUUCUUCUUCUUCUUCUUCUUCUUCUUCUUCUUCUUCUUCCUCUUCUUCCUUUGGAGAGGCCCCAGCAGCAGACAUGUAAUCUAAGGAAAUUAACCAAGAUUACUUUCUUGUGGGAAAUGGGGCUUCUGUGCUUUCUCUUUUAAAAUGUUGGCAAAAACGCUGAGAUAUUACAGUCCACGAUGGAAUGGCACAAGCGGGCGGUUAGAAUCAUAGAAUCAUAGAGUUGGAAGAGACCACAAGGGCCAUCGAGUCCAACCCCCUGCCAAGCAGGAAACACCAUCAGAGCACUCCUGACAUAUGGUUGUCAAGCCUCUGCUUAAAGACCUCCAAAGAAGGAGACUCCACCACACUCCUUGGCAGCAAAUUCCACUGUCAAACAGCUCUUACUGUCAGGAAGUUCUUCCUAAUGUUUAGGUAGAAUCUUCUUUCUUGUAGUUUGGAUCCAUUGCUCCGUGUCCGGUUCUCUGGAGCAGCAGAAAACAACCUUUCUCCCUCCUCUAUGUGACAUCCUUUUAUAUAUUUGAACAUGGCUAUCAUAUCACCCCUUAACCUCCUCUUCUCCAGGCUAAACAUGCCCAGCUCCCUUAGCCGUUCCUCAUAAGGCAUCGUUUCCAGGCCUUUGACCAUUUUGGUUGCCCUCCUCUGGACACGUUCCAGUUUGUCAGUGUCCUUCUUGAACUGUGGUGCCCAGAACUGGACACAGUACUCCAGGUGAGGUCUGACCAGAGCAGAAUACAGUGGCACUAUUACUUCCCUUGAUCUAGAUGCUAUACUCCUAUUGAUGCAGCCCAGAAUUGCAUUGGCUUUUUAGCUGCCGCAUCACACUGUUGGCUCAUGUCAAGUUUGUGGUCAACCAAGACUCCUAGAUCCUUUUCACACGUACUGCUCUCAAGCCAGGUGUCACCCAUCUUGUAUUUGUGCCUCUCAUUUUUUUUGCCCAAGUGCAAUACUUUACAUUUCUCCCUGUUAAAAUUCAUCUUGUUUGUUUUGGCCCAGUUCUCUAAUCUGUCAAGGUCGUUUUGAAGUGUGAUCCUGUCCUCUGGGGUGUUAGCCACCCUCCCAGUUUGGUGUCAUCUGCAAAUUUGAUCAGGAUGCCCUUGAGUCCAUCAUCCAAGUCGUUGAUAAAGAUGUUGAAUAAGACCGGGCCCAAGACAGAACCCUGUGGCACCCCAUUAGUCACUCUUCUCCAGGAUGAAGAGGAACCAUUGAUGAGCACCCUUUGGGUUUGGUCAGUCAGCCAGUUACAAAUCCACUGAGUGGUAGCAUAGUCAAGACCGCAUUUUACCAGCUUCUUUACAAGAAUAUCAUGGGGCACCUUGUCAAAUGCCUUGCUGAAAUCAAGGUAGGCUACAUCCACUGCGUUCCCUUCAUCUACCAGGCUUGUAAUUCUGUCAAAAACGAGAUCAGGUUAGUCUGACAUGACUUAUUUUUCAGAAAUCCAUGCUGACUAUUGGUGAUCACAGCAUUCCUUUCUAGGUGCUCACAGACUGUUUGCUUAAUGAUCUGCUCCAGAAUCUUCCCUGGUAUUGAUGUCAGACUGACUGGGCGGUAAUUAUUUGGGUCCUCUCUUUUCCCUUUUUGAAAAUAGGGACAACAUUUGCCCUCCUCCAGUCUGCCGGGACUUCGCCUGUUCUCCAGGAAUUCUCAAAGAUGACUGCCAGUGGUUCUGAGAUCACAUCUGCCAGUUCUUUUAAUACUCUUGGAUGCAGUUCAUCUGGCCCUCAUCUGGUUGUGCUGCUUAAUUUGAAAUGGCUGUGAAAACAGAAGUGCUUGGCUCUUUUAGCAGGUUAUAAUUUUCCAGAGUGGAUUGGGGGACAUUCAGUGAGUAGGAUGACUUUUACUCACCUGGACCAGACAGGCCUUGCAGGCCUUUUGCCCCCUCCUUUUCCCUUAGGUAUUUACCGUAUUUUUUGCACCAUAACACUCACUUUUUUCCUCCUAAAAAGUAAGGGGAAAUGUCUGUGCGUGUUAUGGAGGGAAUGCCUACGGGUGGCAUGCCUACGGAUUUUCCUCCUCUAAAAACUAUGUGCGUGUUAUGGUCGGGUGCAUGUUAUAGAGCAAAAAAUACAGUAAAUGUACAGUGUUUUUCUUGUGAGUUUUUUCUUUCCUUUUCCUGGCCCAAGGCUCUCUCUCCUGGGGCUCACAGGGGUUGGAGCUAGCACUCAGUUAGCCACUCAGCCUUCCUUCCAGGGCUCUUCUCUUGGCUUCUCGCCUUCUGUGUUAUUAGCGAUGGGGAGGGUGAAGCAAAUCACAGUCUUAAGCCUGUCUCUGAGAGAGAGUGGAGGAGGGAGACAUUCUAGAUGAAGUCUGUAAUGCUCCUGCCUUCUCUUGCUUGGACUACUUUGCUAUUCUUGCAGAGUUCAUUGCUCCAACAGCAGCAUGCCUGGUAUUGGUGCAAUUCUCCUUGUGGAGCAGCAGGAUCUCCUUUAAGAAGCUGGCAGGUGUGGUCACUGUUUUUUGGCAGGAACCAGUGUUCUUAAUUCACUUUGAGCGGGAGAUUCGUUGGCUUUCAGCUGCUAGCCUAGGACAGUGAGGUCCUACACAAUACAGUCAUACCUCAUGUUACGUUAGCUUCAUGUUACGUUUUUCAGGUUGCGUCCCGUGGCGACCCAGAAGUUACCGGAAAGGGUUACUUCCGGGUUUCACCGCUCGCGCAUGCGCAGAAGCGCUAAAUUGUGCUUUGCGCAUGCACAGAAGUGCCAAAUCACGCCGCGCACCUGCGCAGAUACAGCGCUUCAGGUUGCGGGCUUUUCAUGAUGCGAACGGGCCGCCGGAAUGGAUCCCGUUCGCAACCAGAGGUGCCACUGUAUCUUGAGAUUGAAGAGUCACUGUUCUAUCUGCCUGCAACGCAUUUUACAAUUCUUUUUGGGUGGUUUUUAAAGUUGUAUUUCACUGCAUCUGUAGUGCACUAUAAUUGCUCCUGACCAUAUUCUGUGGGAAAGGAGGGAUCUAUUCUCUACCUGUGUUUACUAUAAUUCUGGUCGUGAACAUCCCUGGGCAGGGGGAAUAUCUUGGUAUUGUACUUUCUGUAAUGUCCCAAGAGGUGGGCUCAGUCAUGUUGGGGGGCUCAGGACUCAGGGUGGAGUCUCCUUUCUCCCUCCCUCAUAGUAAACACAGAAGGGGAAGGUCCUCUUCCUAGGAAGCCCAUAAGGGAAUGAGUUGGUACCACCCACGAGGUUUAUAAAAGAGGACCUUACAGAGCUCUCUCCGGUUGCCAUUCUGUGAGGUCUCCUUUCUUCCUCUGUUUCAGGGAUGGUUCUUCUCCUGUUGUCAUGGAGCCAGCUAAGAAACAUGCUCAGGGGCCAGAGGGUGCUGGUCAUGCUCUCGCCUCUCCACAGUGAUCCUCUGUAAAAAGGAGCACGGUCUGGAUCUGACCAGUCAGCCUCUAAACCUCUUGGGGUGGAGGGUGAACUUUCUGAGGAAGAAAUGACGGUGGUUGGCUUCUCUCUUGUGCAACAUUCUUGGUUUUCUUUUUCUUCAGGAUGGGAUAAAUAAGCAGCUUACCGCCAACACCUUCAAAGACAAGUGACCUCUCUGAGCAGUGUUUUUUCUUGCCUGCAUUCUCUUUCCAUCCUACGUUCAAAUGUUUCUUCGAGAGGGUUGUGUUAUCUGGUCAUAUAGAUUCCUUUUCUACAACCUAAAUUGUUUUGUCACAGCUCUCCUGACUCCCCGUUUUGAGUCCUUAGCUACCUAUGAUCAUAAGUUUAUAACCGAAAGCUUAUACCCAGAACAAACUGAGUUGGUCUUUAAGGUGCUACUGGACAAUUUUUUACAUUUUUUUUUUGACUGCGUCAGACCAACAGGGCUACCUACCUGACUCUAGAACCUUACAACUGUUUUCCUAGCAGCCAUCUUCCUGCACUCAUGAAAUGCUGUCAGAGUGAUGGGUGACCGGGGAGAGCUGCUAUUUCUCCCUAACAAAGUCGGGGCAGAGGCUUCGCUGGGAAGGCACCGUGUGCCCAGAAACCGGGCUGUGCCAUCCUGAUCCUGGUUUCCGUUCUGGUUCUGCCAGAGUGCAGAAGGCCAUGCGGGAAGCUGCCUUCCAAGUUUUUUCCUGGCGCCCCCGGGGUCUAAGAGCCGGGAUGCCCAGGAGGCUUCCGCUCCUGCCGCGCUGCUGCUGCCGCCUCCCCGGCCCUUCGAGCGGCGAGCCCGGCCGGCUCCUCCUUCCCCGGGCGGGCGGGCGGGCGGGCGGGCGGCUGGAGGUGGAGCCUGGGCGGGUCUCUGGGCGCCGGCGGCGCUGCCGGCCGGGAGGAGCCGCGUCUGGCCGGGAGGCUUCCCCGGGAAGAGGCGGCGGCAGCGCGGGGCUCGGCCAUGGCGGCGGCGCUAGGUAGGCGGCGGGGCUCCGAGGGGCCUGGACGGGGCGCGGGGAGGCGGGCAGCUGGCGAGCGCCAGGCCCGGGACGAGGCCCCGUGGUUGGGCACGGGCUUCCCCCGAGCAGCCAGGGACCCCGGGGCCCCGAUCCCCCCGGAGGAGAAGGCUCUGCCCUCGGGAUGGGCGCUGGCCUUUCUCGGCCGCGGAGGGGGACUGCGCUCCUGCCCGGGCUCUUUCCCCGCAGCUGAGCGGGGAGGAUCGCCGCCGCCUCGGCGCGCAAGAGCUGAGCCCCUUGUCGUGUCUCCUGCAACUUCCGAAGGGGCCGCGUCGGCGCGGGGGAAACGGCCAGGCCCUCUCUGGGCAGGAGGAGUUCUCAAGGAAGAGAUGGGUGCAAAAUACUGGGCAAAGCGUAGAGUGGAAGUAAGAAGUCUUCCCGGGAUCAGCAUGCGAAUGCGCCGGGUGCGAGCCCUUCAGAGAAGGGGCAAGAAACAGGCUGCUAGAAAACAUGGUAAACAAGGUCCUCUAGGGACCCCUCGGCCUCCAAACAGGGCAUCUUCCAGCCUCAUGUAAGAAAAGGAAGUUAACAUAUUGAUGAAUUUUAAACCUGCUUUCUGUCUAAGAGGGUGCCUGUUUGGCUCCAGAAUCUUCCUCUCUUCUUGACAGACAUAAUAUAAGACCUUUUGUUUUGCAUUGAGGCACCUGCUCAUCUGGAUGCGGGUGGCGCUGUGGGUUAAACAACAGAGCCUAGGGCUCACCGAUCAUAAGGUCGGCGGUUCAAAUCCCCGUGACGGGGUGAGCUCCCGUUAUUCGGUCCCUGCUCCUGCCAACCUAGCAGGUCGAAAGCACGUCAAAGUGCAAGUAGAUAAAUAGGUACCGCUCUGGCGGGAAGGUAAACAGCAUUUCCGUGUGUUGCUCUGGUUCGCCAGAAGCGGCUUAGUCAUCCUGGCCACGUGACCCGGAAGCUGCACGCCGGCUCCCUUGGCCAGUAAAACGAGAUGAGCGCCGCAACCCCAGAGUCAGCCAUGACUGGACCUAAUGGUCAGGGGUCUCUUUACCUUUACCUGCUCAUCUCAGGGGGCACCAUCACCCGGUGGGAGAGCUGCUAAAUUCUCACAGAUUAAAAGUGCAUAACUGCUGAGAUGGUGCUCAAUGUCACUUCUGAAGAAUACCAUUUGUGCUAACAAGCAAAUAUCUACUUUGCCCAGUGCCCAGAUGACUCUUGCUUCUCUCCUCAGAGGCUUACCUAGAGGGCACAAAAUUUGCACCUCUUUUGGAGGAAUGAGUGGGCCCUCACAGCAGCCCUGCGGAGCCCCUUCCCCAGCCAGCCUCUGUGCUGGCACUGCUGGCUUCUUUCCAGCCAGCGUACUUACUUCUGAGUAAAGUGUGCGCUGGGGAGCAACCUCCAAGUUAGUGCCUUUCCGCUGGUGCCUCCUCAGAAGUAAGGAAAAGCCAAGCAAGGUAUUGUCAGAAGUUCUUGCCUCUGGCUUGCCAAACUUAGGCUGCAGUCCUGUGUACCGUUGAACUCAAUGGGAUUUACUUUUGAAUAGACAUUUAUAGGACGGUGUUGUUAAACACCCAGUUUAAGAGUUGCUUGUGAAGACUGAAUUAUGUCUCUUUUUUGUGUCUGGACGUGGUGGGAGGCACAGAUACAUCUCCUUGCCAAGGGCGCAGAGGAACCUAGGUGCACCUCUGUCUCCUCUACGAGUUCUUUUUAUGUUUCUGAUGGGAGUUUUAGUCCUACCUGUGGGGUACCACAUUCACUACCCCUUCUUACAGUGGUUCAACCCAGACAGGUUUAUUACCAGUGAGAACUGGGUCAAAGUUGCACAGGAGUGAUGAUAAGAGGUUGAUGAUAAGAGGGUUCCUGUUUGCAAACGUUCUUUGGAACCCGAACUUCUGACGGGGCUUCCGCGGCUACCGGAAUUGGCUGCAGGAGGUUCCUGCAGCCAAUCGGAAGCUGCGUCUUGGUUUCCGAACUUUUUGGAAGUCAAAUGGACUUCCAGAACGGAUUCUUUUUGGCUUCCAAUGUAUGACUGUACUUGUAAUUGCUUCCAAAUAUUUCAGAAUAAGCCAGGAUGAGUGCACAAAGAGACUUGUAUCUGUCUGGUGGCGUAUGAUUAAAAAUACAUCCUCACUUUGUUUUUGUCCCUAGUCAAACGAAAGGCAUCUUUGUCUCAUUUGAAAUAUGUGCAAAUUUUGUGCCCUCUAGGUAAGCCUCUGAGGAGAGAAGCAAGAGUCAUCUGGGCACUGGGCAAAGUAGAUAUCAUUUGAAAAACUAGCACUCCUAGUUUUGCUCAUAAGCUGGCACUAGUGUGAAUGUCACCACUGACAUCCCAGUGUGGCCAGGAGGGGGAAUUCUGUGGGUGUCUCUCCCCACCUCCGGUUUAGUUUGAUCCCUAAUUAACAUAGCUGUUUUGGCAGAAUUAUCCCUCACCCCAUUUAUCUCCUUUGUGUCCUAACCAGCAGUAUGCAAGUUGCUAUCAUCUAAGAAUUUCUGCCAUUCCACCACAUAACCCAAAUCAGCUAAACUUUUGGGAGCCUCCCAAAAUUGCUGAUGGAGCUAUUGCAGCUUCGUUGGGAACAUCUGAAGGGCUUUCAAGGCUCAUUUGAAGAACGUAUCCACAAAUUGAAUUGCGGCAUAUUAGUAAUUACAAAUCACAAAAUCAUUCUUUUUUAAAUAAAUAAUAUAACAGCUGGUAUUUAAAGCCCCAGAAAGAAGUAAGUUCCUGAGAUCUAACAUUUCUAAUGCUCCCCCCCAAUGCAGGGAAUUGGGGGGGGGUGUUGUUUUUCAUCUGCUGGGUCCUAAGUGUAGGGUUAAAAAACAUGGGAAUGCGGGUGAAUUUAUUUUUAAAAAAUAAAUAAAUACGUGGUUAUCGUGUGCAGUGUUCAUAUACCAUUUUGGAGACAGUCUGGGGGGAAAGAGUGGAGUAGAAUGACCAGUUUGGUUCCUGAGUCUUGUUGCGCAGACUGUAAUUCAGUCAUCCCUAAGCUGGGACCUCCUGAUGUUUCAGACCACAGCUUUCAUCUGCCCCAAGGAGUGUGGCCCAUGAUCAGGGAGCGGCGGUUCAAAACAUCUGCAAGUAGAUGGUCAGGGGCUCCGUUAUUCCCUACACAGACACACCAAGAGGCUGUUUCUUUGUAGGAGUCAUGGCACACGUAGAGAGGUUUCUUUCUGCCAUGAAAGGAAAUUUGAUCUGUAGGCCAUGCUGGAGAUAUAACUUCCAGACUACACCCAGUGGAUGUUCUGAAUGCUGAUGACUCUCCAGAAGUGGAUCUGGCCCCGUGAUGCCUGGACAGGAAACUACUAGAGAGCCAUAUAUACAAACCACUCUGAGCAACUCAGAACAACCUGUGUGACUACAAAAACAAGGGCCAGUGCUUACUUAGAAUGAUUUCAGAAUGCGUUUAGGUGCCAAAUUUUGGGACACAAAAUCUCUGCAGGACAAGAAAAUGUUUCUGCUCUAGAGACAGUAGUACCAGCAGCGGUAAUGCUGUACCAACACAACCCACCAAGCACUUUCUAUCUUUGCUUUAUUUGAAGAUAAAAACAAAUGUACAGUGGUACCUUGGUUUUUGAACAUGUCUGCUGAUGAACAUUUUGGUUUUCGAACACCGUAAACCCAGAAGAAAAUGCUUCGGUUUUCGAUCACACCUCGAAAGUUGGAACAUGCCACACAGCUUCCGUAUUGAGUUUUCGGUUUUUGAAUGUUGCAGAACUUGAACUUUCUUCCGGAACAGAUUACUUUCAAAAACCGAGGUACCACUGUAUUGUUGUAUUCAGUCUUUGUUUACACAUGCCUCUUUGGAGUAGUAAGGUUUGUUCUGGUGCCUCUUAAUGUGUGAACUCUAGGGAGGGCUGUGGUUGGUUACCACCUGUAUGUGACACUGGGCUAUGUUUUGUGAGCCACAGGCUAUACAUGAUGCGUGACAGUGAUGCACAUUUGUAUACUCUGCGGUAUUUAAAGUAUGUGAUCAGAGACCUAUCUGUGCAAAUUAGAAACCAGGAAAGGGCUUGUAGUAAACCUACCAGGGGCCCCGGGAUGGUGUGGUCUUGGCACCUCUUCUGUCUGCUACCAGCCAAGUAAAAUUGUGGCAAAAAUCAGUAUGUAGUCCCUCAACUAUGUCUGAAGAAUUUGUAGAUAAGGAUGGGAAGAGGAGGGACCAUUUUAAUCAGUCCCUAUUCUCCAGCUUUGUUUUGAUGGUGGCCAACAGAUUGAGGUUGAACCCGACAAGACAUAACCCCAACAAGACUCUUUGUGGGGGACUCUCUGGGGUAACUGCCCCUGAAAAACCAGGCGCACAGCCUUGGGGAAGUUUGGUACUCACAGCUGCUCAUGGAGGCACAGGUCAAUUCUGUGUCCAGGGCAGCUGCCCGGAGUGGCUGGGGCAACCCAGUAACAAAUUAUUAUUAUUAUUAUUAUUAUUAUUAUUAUUAUUAUUAUUAUUAUUACUGCUACUACUAGAGUGGCUGAGAGUUCUGUGUUUAAUGUGAUCUCAGCCAAGUUAAAAAUUUAAAGAGUGCUGAGAGAGAGCCUGGUGCACAGAUGAUGUUUCUUUGGGCAUCUUGCCUUGCUUUCAAGUGGAAAAGUGGCAUGGAUUUAGCUUUUAACUGUUUUUUUUUUUUUUAAAUGAUGAUGUAUAGCUGGAAAAUCCAGGAAACAGGUCUCUUUCAGGAAUUAAAAAAGGAAGUGUCAGGCUAAAAUUGGGGAGCGUGAUGUCACUAGCAACAGGUGAUCAGUGAUCUGGCCAGGCUCCUUGGAAGUCUUGAAUGUGUGGGCAAUGAAAUAAUGGAGGCAAGACCAAGCUGAUCAGGCUUUCUCCCCAUCUUCCUCCAUUUCAAAGAUAACUGAACAUUUAAGCAUUAAGUACAGAUACUCUGUUUAGUUCUGGUUAUUUCCCUAUCCUCCUCCUUUGCACUUAAGCGUUAGACCACACGUCAUUUUCCUCUUGGUGUGUUUUGUUGUUGAUUUAGUAGAUUGCAUACCUACAUCCUAUAUUUCUUUAUUAGCAAUUGUGACAACUUAAUCCUUUAGAAAAACAAACAAGUUUCCUCUUGUUUCAUUUUUCUGUAGCCUCUUCCGUUAAAAUUCAGUAAAAAUAAGGAGGAAGUAAAAGUUGUUCUAUGAUGGCUGUUCGGUUGAGUGAUGAAAUUUGUGUGUGAGAAUCUACCUUGGGAAGAAUUCAGUAAAGAACUCGACACCUUUAGUUUCUAGGCCCAAGUGGGAUACAAUACAUUCAUUUCUCUUCACUCACAUCUUCAUUUGUUCUUUUGCUUAGGCAAAAGGUAACAAAUGCACUGCAACUAUUGUUUAUUUUAUUUCCAGCUGAAGUGGCCAUAUAAUGUUUGCUUCAUAUCCCGGAUAGCAGGAUUGUGCAGCAGAAUGAUACUGACCUUGUGAAGAAGUGGGAUGAUGGCACCUUCUGCCUCUGAGCAACUUGUGUCCAAGAUGAUACCUGCUCAGGAGCUGCCAUGCAUUCCCUUCUCUUCAUGAACCUUCCUAGGUUUCAUGUAGGGGACCUAAACACAUACGUUUGAGUGCAUGCACAACAGCUCCUGCACAAAUAACACCUGGUGGAGGUGGAGGUGGAGGUGGGGGUGAGCCUGCAGGUGUGACCCCGAUUUCCUCCUCUUCCCCCCUUUUGGCUGCAGCACAUUCCAUUUCUACUAAUAUGCAUAACUAGACUGGUGACCAUUGCAGGUUUAUGGACCAUAACAUACGUUUCCUUCUUUUCACUUCUUCAGAACCCCAGAGUUACGCGGAAGGCCUCAGUCAUUCCACUGUGAAGCCUGAAAGCCCUGCAGGCCCAAAUCCUGCUUUGUUGCGGACGGAUCCUUCCUGCCGGCAGCCUUUUGCAGCUGUGUGCUCAGUCCCAUGUCAUCGCCCUGCCCAGCAAGGAGACAGGUAAGACAACUUCUGCGUCUCUUCAUUUUCAUCCACCUCAUUUGGAUGUAGAGGAAUCUGAUUCCAGGAAGAAUUCCUUAAACAGUUUAUAGGCCCAACCCUGAAGUGUGUCCCCUUCAGGGGUAACACUCAGGCAACCUUUCUGAGGGCUUAAUGGUCAUUUUUGAUACUUGGUUUGAAAGUCAGGAAGAACAGAUUAUUCUGUUUCUGGUCCAUGUCAAUUUCACAUUUAUUAAUAAAUUUGUCGCAUUCUACUGCCACAUUAAUCUGACUUUUAAAAAAAAUCUGCAUGGCAGUUUGUAUUUAAAUACAUAUUUGUAUACAUUUUAUUAUAAAGUAUUUAAAUACUUAUUUCAUUGAGUUGAGAACUGUAUCACAGAAGUCAAAGAAGCGUUCAAUCUGAAGGGUUACAUGUACAUUCAAAUCUUCACAUUAGUCUGGAAAGUGUAGAUCAGAUCCCUUCCCACCAGAUUUUGCCAUGCAUUCCCUGGGUCAGUGUUUGGAUGCAGUGUUGAGAUGGAUGAGGAAAAACAAGCUGAGCUUGAAGCCUGGCAAUAUGGAAACACUCUAGUAAAGACUUGUUGUCUGUUUCCUUUAAUUUGCUCCCAUAAUCUUUUCUGCCACAAUUAACUUGCUGGUAAAUGUUUAAGCUGAUAGCUUCAGUGCCUCUAAAUGUUAAACGGGCAGCUGCCAUCAUUAUUUAUAUAGCUGCAUAAUAUACACAACACUUUUUGCAGUAACUUGAGCACAGAGCAAGUCCUUACUCUGCAGCACUUGCAGCCUAAACAUCUCGGUUCAGGGGGACCAGCAAGCGGACAGGAAGGAAGACAUGGGAGAGGCAGAUAGGAGGAGGAAUAGAUGAGCCAGUUUAGAUAACUUCCUGUCUUCCUGAAGUAGUUCCAUCCUGUCUGGAUCCUGUUUGUUGCAGCCCUACAGACCCAAAAAGUUUUCCUGCGGCUGCACCUUUCAACUGAAUAGGGAGCUGUCCUGAGAACUGUGCUGUGAGUUGUUCCCAAAGUUAGUUUACACUGAGAAAGCUCAGUCUCCAGGAGGUGCAGUGCUGCGGUCAGGGAGCAUCUUCUGCAGCUGGUCCAAUGGGAGGAAAAGCACUGUGUUGGAGGCGCACAAACAAGGACCCUGAGAGGGCCUCUGGGGCCAUUGAAUCCUGACGCAGCCCUUUCUAGGCUCUUUGGACUUGUGGUGCAGGCCCAGAGUACCCAUGGUUGGAGGACAGGAGUAUUCACAGCUGAGUAAAAUUUCUUUUGCCUGUCCAUAAAUUGGCUUUGCCAUGCCAGAAGUUGUUAUGGACUGCAUAGAUUAAAAUAACCCUUAAAAAGGUCAAUUGGUCACAUUUGACAGGAAAGUGCAGGAGUUAAAGGAGAAGAAUGUGGCACCUUCAAAGGCACCUUCAAAGGUGUUGAGUGUUUCCAGAGGCCAGCUGCUAGGAGCUGUGGCGCCCUUAGCCAGAUGUGGAGCAUCUUUGAGGCUAACCUCACCUGCCUGAAAUUGUGGGGCCUAGGUUUGGGUGGGGUCAGGAGGGCUCACAUUAAGGGCAGGGUGUGUCUUUCCUAUGGCACUGAUUUAGGCUGGUUGCCUUCACUGUUCAUUCCCCCUUUCAGUCAAAUGUGGCCCUAAUUCAAUCCAUGUUAUGCGUCCCGCCUCUUAUUUUCUGCCCCUCAGUUCUCAAAGUAUAAAACCAUCAGUCUUCAGCAACCUUCUUUGAAGGUGCAGCCAGUGGUUGGUUGGAGGGAGCCCCUUUGAAGUCUCUGCAGAGGGGGAAAGGCACCUAAAAUGGGAGCAUUUUCCUCUGUGCAAGGAAAGCACUGGGGGAAGCCUUCUGAAUGCAGACUACUUCAUGGGGGGGGGGUUCCUUUUAAGAAUGAAGCAUUCUUUUCUUUCCAAAGGUGUUUGGAAAACCCCUUCCAUUUGGGAGGUGUUGCACUUUGCACAGUGCUUUUGAAGCGCCCAACAACCAGCCUAUUCUGUCAAGCGCUGCCCUGACCUGUCCCAAAACAUGAUGAAUGUGACUGAACCAAAAAGGUCUCUCAAGCCAACUAGGGGGUCCCCCAACCCUGCCAAAAAACUUGGUUUGUGUAGGUGGCAGAGUUGGUAGGGAAAGCUGAGUCAAGUUGCCUCUUUAAGUGACCACAAAAUGGAUGAUUCUGUGGCCACUGCAGACUGUGCUGGUGCUCUUGAAAUGAAAAUUCCCUAGAAUGUGCCCAAGGUUGCAGUCUUUUCAAGCAACUUAACACCUCUCACAUUAUGUUUUUAAGUCUUUGAAUGUAUUAGUGAACACGGCAAAUAGAAGUUACGUUUGUCAGGGAUCUGGAACUGAAUACAGAACACUUUUGAGUGUACAUUCAAUAGCAAACUUGAGUGUGCUGCCACAUAAUGUGAGAAAUAGCCAUUGUACCAUAAACUAAAACACAGCGCUGCAUAUUCAAAUGUUUAAAAGUACAUUUUUGAAAUGGUUUGAUUGUUGUUUUCACUUUUUCAAACAGUCCAACUGAACAAGUUUGGCAGCAAAACAGUUCUCAAUCCUCCUCAACAUCCCAGUUUUCUGGAAUAAACGACGACAAGUUUAUAGGAAAUUAUCUCACAUCUCCAGAGUUUUCUGUUCCUGUUCAAGAUUGCUCGCCCUUGUCUCACUUCCAGAUCAAGGGACUUCAAGCUGGGUCAUUUAACAGCCAGGAAAAUUUGUCCUUGGGGCAGCAGCAGGAACCUGGGGCAAAUACUAACACCCAAACAUUCCUCACUUAUAGAGGGAUCAGUGCCAACAGCUGCCAGCCACUGGUGGAGAUACAGCCUGCUUUUGCAUCAAAUGCCAAUAAUGUGUCUCCCCAAACUCAGAAAUCUCCAGGGGACAGUGACAUUUUGCCGCACCGUUUUCUUGCAACAACUUUUGGACACAACAGCCAAAGCGGUGCAAAUCAACAAAAUCAUGGAAUAAGCAUGCACCCUCAGCCCCCUCUUCCAGAGAAGAAGAGGACAUCGGAGGGAGAACGUUCUUUCAGCUCUGUCUCACCAUCAUCGAGUGGCUUCUCCAGCCCACACAGUGGAAGCACCAUCAGCAUUCCAUUUCCAAAUGUUCUCCCAGAUUUCUCUAAAGUUUUAAACACUUCACCAUUGCCAGGUAUGCUCUGUGCUCAUCAGAAUGAAUUCCAGAAGAAUAACUGUGUUAAUCUGAAAAUGAGCCUUGGGCUGGGUUAGGGUUUUCCAAACAUGGGUCUCCAGCUCAUGGUAGUGUUGGCACCCAUAGGAUUCGCAGAUGAGGUGGUGUUGUGAAUUGCGCUGCUCCAGACUAGGUUUGGAACGCUCCCCUCAUGUGAAAAAGAAAUUUGUCUGCAGAUAGAAAGCCAGAGGGUCAGAGGGAGAGGUUCUGGCUCAGCACUUUGCCUCCCGUGCUCUGAAGUGGCGCAGCACAUUCUGCCACUUGGGAUUUUCAUUCUGCUGCAUGUUUAGACCACAGCAGACUACAGCCAGCUCCCCAGAUGCUGCUUUAUGCUGGGACAGCCAUAGUGUGCUGCUGCUUCUUUUCACUUCUCUUGGGCUUACUUCUCUUUUUACCCCCUAGAAAAUCCAGCUGACAAGCAGGUGACUGUGAAGUUUGUCCAAGACACCUCCAAGUUCUGGUACAAACCGGAGAUUUCAAGAGAGCAAGGUUUGUCAAGUCAUGCCAAGUUAAACACCUUCCACAAGGAGGUAGCUUAAUAGCUCUUUGUAUUUACUUACAAAUACUUUUGAUUCAUUCUAACUUGGAGUUGCAGGGUGAGUGGCAUAGGGUUCCUUUUCAGUUUUCACUCCCAAAGAGAAAAACCACCCAGCUUCUAGUGGGGACUAUCAGUAGGCUGGAAGAGGUAUAUUUUAAGAAUGCAGGGAGCAUGCGAUUGUUCUUCAGGAGCAAUCUCUCUCUUCCUCCACCCCCUUCGUCUUAGAUUGCAUAUGAUUAUUCACAGUACCACCUAUAUCUUUGGUCAUAUAGAAAAGUCAAAAAGCAAGUGUUAGGGGAAAGUUUUCUGUUUAAAACAUGCAUGGGGGGGCAUAGUUGGUGUCCUCUUACACUUCUACAGAUCCUCGAUGAACUUCGUCCAAUUUACACUGCCUGCUGGCAAACAAUAAAUCUGUUUUAAUGUAGGUUUUCUGAAACUGCCAGGUUGCUGCAGGUGUAGCAAGAUCACAGAGUAGAAAAGAUUAUCAGAGAAUACACCUGCUUGUUUUGGAUUCAGAAACCCAAAAGCUGAACAUUAAGUACUGUACAAUUAACAGACAAAAGGUGGUUUCUCCUUUGGGGGCGGGAUGCAGAUGGUUCUGGGAAAAUUGACUCUGGGCAGCGAAGUAUUGCUAGUUCCUAGAGAUCAAAAAUUGUUACAGGGAAGUUUGUAAAGGUUGAAUAACUGGCUUUUGGACCAAACAGUUUUCUAUUGCUUCUCUCAUUAUUCUGCUGCUUUAGCUAGGUACAGACAGAAGGUUUUACUAUCCCAACCAUGGUUAAGAUAUCGUAAAAGCACCCCGUAGGCUUUUUUCUUCUUCUUCCUCACCCUUUGAGGGCUAACCAUGCUUGGCUUCAAAUCAGAGUUUGCAAUGGUGCUUGCAAGUAGCUUUGCAAAUUGUGGUUCCAGCUAACCCCUGUUUAUCAUCAAUAUCCCUACAGACCUAAUACUUUUGCCUGACAAGUGAGUAGGUUCUUCUGGAACUCAGAAGUGACUGAGAAGUGUGUGCGCUCAUUUCUGGUACUUUUGACCUCUUCACCUGGCAGUCUGUGGGUGGUCAAUUAAAUUUCCCAUAAUAUCUUUGAUGCAGCAUCACUCUGGGGUAUUGUGGGAAAAUUAAAUACCUACGCGCCAUUUCCAGGUUAGCCAAUGGCUGGUCAUCCACCAGUGUGAGGGGCCCUCCUUUUCACAAGGAGCUCUGCUUAUGUGGCUCCCGGGAGACUAGACUGACUUCAGAGAAUAAGGAACUGAGACCAUCCAUGGUGUGACACGCUAAGGGGUGUGAGUAAGGCUUCCAUAGAUAGACCCAGUUAAACAAAAAUGAGGUCCUCCUUUUAAACUUGGUUUGCCUUGCUUUAGGAGAGGAGUUUUAUAGCACUUUCCUGUCGGAUUGUUUGUUUGUUACUUGCCUAAAAGCAACUCGCUCCCUCACUGUUUUCUCUUUCUUUUUUCUUCCCUCAUGCAGCCAUUGCUGUCCUGAAGGACAAGGAGCCUGGAUCCUUCAUUGUCCGCGACAGCCACUCUUUCAGGGGAGCCUAUGGCCUUGCCAUGAAAGUGGCUAUACCUCCUCCUUCAGUGUUGCAGCUGAACAAGAAAGGUGUGAUAUGUUUUCUCUCUCCAGUUUGGGGAAAGGGAUCUAUACCUCCAAAGUUGAAAAAAAUCCUUUGUCCUUUACAUUCUAACGUAAGAGGUACAUUUUUGAGAUUGCCCCAUCGCUGUUCUCCAGUUAGUGUUUGGCAUUUGUUUUUAGCAGUUGCUGGGAAUUGGCACGUUCUCCAUUAUUUAGUGCAACUUCAAAAAUAAGUCCGCACAACUAAAAAGAAAAAUGAAACAAGCCUCCCAACUGCACCACCGCCACAGAUACACACACACUAGAUCAGUUAUUGGUGCCAACUUGCAUUGGGCUUCUUUACCUGAUUGCCUGGAGCUCAGAAGCUGUUUACAAGCCUGGCUAAGGUAUUGCCUCACUCUCUGAGCCUCCCUAAUUGUUAGGGACCCUGGAAAGAGUCAGAUUCCAUUGUAUAGGAAUUCUGUCUUUAUCUGGAGGCAGUAAUGCAAUUCCUUGGAGGAAAUAGGGAGGAGAGGACCCAAAGCAGGGUUUGAAGCAGUAGCUCAGAAAGCCCUUGACAAAGGUAGCAGAGCAAUAAGGAGCCUCUCAAGUCCUUGUGCUUUGCCACUUAGCAUGCCAGUCUUGCUGAGGGAAAAGGAAAAUGGCAUGCAGCGUUGGGCUGCAAUCCUAUACAAUUUACCUGGGAGUAAACCAUAUGGAACUCAGUGAGGCUUACUUCGGAGUAGACAUGUAUCGGCUUGUGCUGCAAAUCAGUAUGCCUUGCUAGAAGAGAGAUGGUUGGUUUUAAAAAUAUUUUAUACUCAUCAAACUAUUCUUCAUUGAGCUAAAAUCCAUCGCAGUAAUAUUUUGUGAAUGAGCAGUGGAAAUGAAACUGCAAGUGUUCCGUUUUAUGGCAAGUGAUACAGUUUUUUCUGUCCCUUACACCAUGUAAUAUUUCAGCAGUAGAAUGCAAACUGCCAUGCAUAAUUUGAGGAUUGUGUUUUCUUGCUAUGUACCAAUUAAAUUGUGUUUUCUGUGUCUUUCCUUCACAAGUUUCAUCAGUGGAGAUUCUGGGGUGUUCCAGUGCUGCUUGCUUAAUCUUAGGAAGUCUAGUAGUUCGAUCAAAUUAGAUCAGUUUCCUCUUGUUUGUUUUAGCUGCUUAGAUAUUUGAGAACUUCCUUCCCCCACCCCUCCAUAUCCAAGCAGAGAUGGCCAAAGGUAUUUUAGUGCCCCAGUUGGAUACAUUUGAGAGGCGUUUCCAGCUUUUCUUGAAGUUUCGCAAAUAAUACAGUUGUGUGCCUUUUGGAUCACAUGGAAGUUUUUCAUUACACCCCGAAGUAAAUAAAGUAAUAAAUAAAUAAAAUAAAACGGUGUAUUCCAAGCAGCCACCCAAGAUGGAAUUAGGGGAGCGUGACCCAUUCAGUCACACUGGGUACCAAGCCACAGGGGGCACCAUAACUAUUAUGUAGCGGGGGGGGGGCAAAUUUUGGUGUCGCACGGGGCACUGCUGAAAUUUGAGACCUCAAGGACCGCCAUUGCAGCCACCAGUGAUUUGUGUGGUCAUCAAUGGCUUCUCUGGAUGUUGUCUGCUUCUCCAUCAAGCGUUGCUCUCCAUUGCUGAUAUGAUAUAUAAGUUUCCCCUUCACUGCAAAUGCAGAUGAACCAACAGCACGAUCCGUGUGCUAUGGUCCUCAUGUGUACAGUCCUUUUAUUGUGUACUGUGACUAGGCAGUCGGCCCCAAGGCAUGUACAGUGGUACCUUGGUUCGCGAACUGCUUAGUUGUUGAACAAAUCGGCGCCCGAAUGUCGCAAACCCGGAAGUAAGUGUUCCGGUUUGCGAAUGUUUUUCAGAAGCCGAACAAUUGCAGCUAGUUGGAAGCCGCACCUUGGUUUUCGAACAGUUUCGGGAGUCGAAGAGACUCCCAGAACGGAUUACAUUCGAGAACCAAGGUACCAUUGUACUUGUAGGUGAUGCCAUUCCUUCACAUUCCUUCAUUUGGUCUAAUGACAUUGUUUUCUGUUGUUUUAUGCUGCAGUUGGAGAUCUGUCUAAUGAACUUGUCAGGCAUUUCCUGAUUGAGUGCACCCAUAAGGGAGUGAGGUUGAAAGGAUGCCUCAAUGAGCCAUAUUUUGGUAAGGAUAUUUUAUCUAUCUAUAGUUCAUAAGUGGUGGGCUUUAGGAAGGUGAUGAAUGAAACUUGGGCAAUUUUUAAAUUCCUGCUUUUGAAUACCAUUUAAGGCCUCCCCUCCCCUUUUCCAGUGUUGUUGUUUUUUUAAAAGUUUUAUUACACUUCUCCUUUUCUCCUCCAUCCCACACUGAUGCCUUGGCAGAAGGAAGCACCACUGGAAAGUAGGCAGCUCCUCCCAGGAAUGGAGCGCUCAGUCUCUCUGCACCUCACUCUUCCCUCUGCAUAAGUGUUGCAGCUGCUCCACUUUGCCCUCCUUCACUUUCCCUAGUAAUGUAGAGAUUCCCAGAGAAGAAAUGCAAACCAGAAUUCAACUUAGGGGGCCAGAUAUGUGAUGCCACUUUAAACCAAAGACUCGUACAAAGUCUUUUCAGAUCAGGCUAAAUCAAGGGCUGCUGAGUCCUGGCAUAUAAACAGAAACUACAAGUUGAGACACUAGCAUUUCAUGGUCUCCUUCCACCGCUGCUUCUACAUGUGAUAGUCACUAUUUUUCAUACUUGGUAUUCCAUGUUGGAAAUUCAAGUAGAUGAGAACUCUGUAUGCAUGGAAGUGUUUAAAGAGUGAUCUAGCAAGUGAAUCCUGGGUUAGUUUGCUGAAUUGAGAGGCCUGCGAGAAGAUCAGAUAGAGGUAAGUUUCAAGAGAUAAGUUAUCCAGUGCAAUCCAGUUCUGUGCUGCCACAGAGAGAAACCUGUUGAGAAAGGAUAGCUGCUGGCUUAAGAUGCAGGACGUAAGAACAAAAGCUAAAUAAGAAACUUGUUACACAAGCCGGAAGUUAACUUGAUGCCUUCCUUGUUUUAACCACAGGGAGUUUGACAGCCUUGGUGUAUCAGCAUUCAAUUACUCCUCUGGCCCUGCCCUGCAAGCUGCUCAUCCCAGACCAAGGUAUUCCCAUUAAAAAAGGAACAGGCUGUGCCUAAUCCAGGUCUUGUGUAAACGUCUGAACCAAUAUGCAUGUCCAGCACACUCAUGUAUCCAGCACACAGCUCCGAGAGGACUAGGAACUAUGAUGGACACACCGGAGGAGUAGAGAAAGGCUGGUUUAUUUAUGGAGGCUCCUUCAGAGAGCAAGUGGGCAGCAAAUCAUACAGCAAACACACACUUAAUUAUGAGAACAGAAGAGCGAGUGUAGCCUUUUACUACAGUAAGAGAAAGAAAAAAGGAGAGGAGCAGUGGGAGAGCCUGAUCUAGUUGUGAACAGAGAACUUUGGCCUCCAUAGGUGUUAAACUCUCCCCUUAGAGUGCUUUGCCACUGGCAAGGCUGCAAGUGUCUUCCACAGAUUCCUUGGUCUGUGGUCCAGCGAAGCAUGAAUACAAGGUGCCGUUGGGAGCUGUGAGCUGCCCAACCAUUGAAGAUCUGGGGUUUAAAUGCCGCUUUUAGACCAGCUAAACUGGGGGGGGGGGGGGGCUUCCUGAGUAAGUACUGUCAUGCUUUAAGUCCUUGGCUUAUUUCGCUCAAGUUCCUGUCAGUUUACUAAUCUGUUCUCUAAGAUAAGUUUGAAGUUGAAGUGACGUGGCCAUAGUCUGAAAUGUAUAUUAAUUGAAUAAUAAAUUUAUUCUUGGAUAUUCAGUUUACUUCUCAGCAGAAUCUCAAAUUGUGGGAAUCUAAUUGGGACAUAGAAAUAGAAGAGGAAAUUUGGAAUAGGAAUACUUUGUAAGUCAAUUUCUUCCAAGAGAAUGGGACUUGUUAAAAAUCUCUUUGGGCUGCUAUCAUACCCCUAGGAAGCUAUCUUGCCUAAAACCUAAUAGCUCUCUUCUCUGUUGGACAGAGUGUGCCACCAGUCUUGGGACACACAGACAUAAGAGGUGCUUGGACUGUUCAAAAAUAGAAACAUUUUGGAAACAUAUUUUUCAGGAAAUGUUUUUAAUCACAUGCCCAAAUGUCCCUAUAAUUCUUUCUUUGGCUCUUUUUAAUUUAUAUAAAGGAGAAACAGAGCAAUUAAGAAGUAAGGAACUCAGAAUGUGCUUGCUAACUGCAGCACAUACAAUGAUAGCCAGACAUCAGAAAUCUUUAAGCCUUUUCGUUAUCAGUGGUAUAAUAUAGUUAAGCAAACUGUGCUACUAGGAAAACUGUCUCACAAGUUAAAGGUGACAAUCGGGCAAAAGAAACGUUGCAAUUCUAAUGUCACUUGGUAUGAUUUUAUUGUUUAUAAAAUAAUGAAGCACAUGGAAGCGAUGUGCUUCUCAUAUACAAUACGGUCUGCCUUGUAUAGACUUGAAACGCUGCUGCAUUUUGAUCCAUCACCAGCUGAUUUGUAAUUCAAAAACCUGAGUUUCUUUCAUCAUGUGAUCUUACAAAGCAUACAGUCUUUAAAAAUGAAUAUAGUUUCAGUUCCUUUAUCAUAUAUUGACAGUUAAAUAAACACUAUUUUAACUGUCCAAAGCAAAUAUAUAAAAAGCAAGCUUGAAUUUUCAACCUUGUAGUACAAGAGGCUGCAAAGUGGCUGUUUGCUUUAUUUACAGUCAAGCACUUUUAAAUACCAUGCACUCACUGAAAUGAUUGGGACUUAAAAGUGCUUGACUGAGUUUGAAUUGUUCCCAGAGUUUUCUCCUCCCUUCUCAUACGUAGCUGAAGGGGUGAGUGGACUUUGGACCUGGAUGCUUUUCCUUAUAAUAGCUCCAAUAAGGUGUCAUGUAACACCGAGAAUCUGACUAACUUCUCAGUCCAAUUUAUACGGAAGAUGCAAGUUUCCAUUUCUGUCUGCAGACCCCCUGGAGGAGAUACCUGAAAGCUCUCCGCAGACGGCUGCAAACUCUGCUGCAGAGCUUCUGAAGCAAGGGGCAGGUCAGUGAAUAGUUCUUGGCGCAUCAGUAUUAGAAGGCUUUGCAUGCCACCCAAGUGAGUUGUGAUUAAAGGCUGCAGACUGUUCUAAGCUCUUUUAAAGAGAAACCAAGAAAUAAAAACAGUUAUUGUUUCAUCUUUCUGGUGUAGCCUGUGAACGUUAUAGUAAACUUCUCUGUGUUCCUAAGGGGGGGGGGGGUAAAAAUAAAUAAAAAGUUUAAUUAGUGCACACUGGGUCUGAAUUUUCAGGCUAAUAGCUGCUGCAUGGCGUUCUGUGAGCUUGUAUACAUGCGAGCCUGAAUGUCUACCCAAACACUGUGUGAAGGAAGUUCCUGUGUCUGCUUUGCAAUAUGUCUGCCAUCAGAACCAAAGUAAGAUUUUCCUGUACAGAUCCUGCUCACUUUCAUAGUUCUUUCCUUGUAUUUCUUCCUUUAUUGCAUGAACAGCAUGCAAUGUUUGGUACCUGAAUUCUGUUGAAAUGGAGUCCCUCACUGGUUAUCAGGCAGUGCAGAAGGCCCUGAGUUUAACCCUGGCUGAAGAACCGCCUCCUGUCUCUACUGUGGUCCAUUUCAAAGUGUCUGCACAGGGCAUCACACUGACAGACAACCAGAGAAAGUGAGUCCUGGCACUGCAAUGUGUUUGGUUUGGGGGAUGUUGGAGGUUUCAAAAGAAUUUCUUUUUUUUUAAUGCGUAUGAGCCUAUUAGAAUGCUUCGUGAUAAUUUUAGUUAGUUUCAAUGUUUACCUGCUGUUUUUCUGCUAGGCUUCCAAAGUACACAUUGUGUUUAAGGCCUAGUUAGGUUAUUUUUUUUUAACAUGGAACAACAGCCAUGAUAAAGGGCCUAACCAAGACCUAUUCAGUAGUGAGGGUUUUUAUUAAGCUUUUAUGCUGUGAUUUCAGUUGAAAUCGCAUCCCCAGCAGCUGCUGCUGCAUUGCAAUAGCAUUACCACUGAUGCAAACAGCAGCCUUCCUCACACGCGAAAUAGCAGCCUUAACGGCAUGAGAAGAAAGGGUUAACAUCCUCAUGCACCACAAUCCUUUUUCUGAUUGGCACCUUCACAACUGUCAGUUAAAGUUUUAUAAAAGAAUCAUGCAAUGCCAGUUGUGUUUAAUGCAGAAUGUAUUUUGUUCCUACAACAAACAUUGUCUUGCAAUUGCCUAUCCCCUCAGGAAACCACCCCCUGGUGGAAUGUGCCUGAGAUGUAAGCACAUAAAUCUAUCACAACAUUUCUUAAACCUAUUUUGUCAUAUUUUCUCUUUCCCUCAGGCUCUUUUUCAGGAGGCAUUAUCCGGUCAACACUGUUAUUUUCUGUGCUUUGGAUCCACAGGACAGAAAGUAAGGAUGGCAAGUGCUUUUCCUAAUUCAACAUUCAUAAUACUGUGUGAGACUACAAAAAACACUAAUAGAAAUAUUAAUCUUUUCUCUCCCCCACCCGCCUCCCCCUGCCUCUUCUGUAUGCAACAAGAUGGAUGAAAGAGAGCCUUUCAGCAAAGUAAGUAACAGCAUGCAUCUUACUAUCCGACCACCUUUGCAAACAGCUUAUACUAUGUCCAGGACUCUGCAUUUCCUUCAGAUAUCCUCUAAAUCAGGACUAUUGAGCAAGGCUUGGGGACUCUUAUCAGGUGGCAAUUUGGAGUCUCAAAUGUGACCCAUGGCAUCUUCCACACUUCCUACAAUUUUUGGAACAAUCUUUAUGUCCUGGAAAUGAUGCCCUUAGUGGGACAAGAGCAGAGACAUACAAAUCGGGUCUGCUGCUCUUCUCAGCAUCCCCCUUUCCUCCGCAUUCCGAUUCAGCGAGCAUUGCAGGAAUCAUGGCAUUUGCAACUUGCUAGUAUUUGUAGUCUUGUUGGAUUGGGUGAAGCAGAGUCUGGCAAGCAUGUGGGGGCUUUUGGAAGGCCAACAAUAACAUGUUCAAAAUGGGGCAUAGAUGGUAAAGUAUGAAGAGAUGCUGGUCAAGGGAUUGUGACUAUUUUGAAGAAGAUGGCACUUGCAGUUAAACAAUGAGUGACAUUUUCAGAGGUGUACUAAUAAUAUUGGCUCCUUCCUCCUCCAGCAAAACUAGCUUGGGAUGCAUGUGGGAAAUUUUGGUUUGGCCCCGUAGCAUUUGCUAGGUGGGGAGUUUGGUUGGGCAUUUUGAGUGACUCCCCAGCUCUAAAUAUGCAACUUCAGUUAAAUUUCUAAGUAUUUCUAAAACGGAAGUCCUGAGGUGUUAAAAUGCUCUAGGGCAGAAUGGUGUUUCCGUGGUAAGUGUUAACUAUUGGAGAUCCCUGGAUCAGAUCCACCCCUGUAAGAGGUGCCCUUGGGGCACAGGAGAGGUUGGAGGAAGUGAACAGCAUGUGAGCGCUGACCUAACAUCUCCUGUAGUCGUAGAAGACAGCUGGGAGUGGGGGCAAGUUUGGAAACUACUUUCUCUUAGUCUGUUCUGGCCUCCAAAGUAAGUCCAUUAUUCGCUCUGUGGCGUGAUGCUUCUUUCUUUUCAUGUGCAUUUCCUUUGCUUUUGCUUUCUACAGGGUGUUUGGGUUUGUUGCAAGGAAACAAGGUGACGCUGCAGACAACGUAUGCCACUUGUUUGCAGAGAAUGAUCCAGAGCAACCUGCCAGUGCCAUUGUAAACUUCGUAUCAAAGGUCAUGAUAGGUUCCCAGAAGAAGAACUAAGAGCUUCCAACUGAGUGCUGCAGACAAACUCACAGGAAGGAUGUUGAGGCAAACUGUUGUGAGAUUAUGGCCACUCAGCCUGCAUCUAGCGGUUUCCCAGGACGACAUUCCACAUACAAGGACUGCCAUCAGUAACAUCACCUGACCAUUUGACAGGUUUUGACAUACAAGUGCAAUGUUAAGCAAAGAAGGGAGCUAGAAGUCAGCAAGAUCCCUAAAGCCCAUAUCUGAACAAAUUUUGGAAGAAAGACUUAAAGCAAGGGAGCCAAUAGUAUUUUCCAUGAUUUUUCGCCACAUUGGGCUAGAAUCAUAGCAUUGUAGAGUUGGAAGGGUCUCAAGAGUCAUCUAGUCCAACGCCCUGCCAUGCAGGUAGAAUGGAAGGUGGGAGCCACAUUGCUUUUAGCUGGAAUUCUUGCUAGGAAACACACAAUCAAGGGCAGAACUACACUUAAAGAAAUCACAAAGGGAACAGCCUCUGGGUGCAUUUGUAGGGAAGAAGUGGUAGCUACUGUCUGGGUUAUAAUUGCAGGUUCUCCUUUGCAAGUGCCCACCUCUGCAUUAGUGUUAUCUCAGCAAAUUCAGCUUUGGAAAUGCAUUUGCUGAUACAGCAUAUAUUUCCACCUGUAAAUAAUUGUUGUAGUUUCAUUUGAUGAUAGCCAUGGCCAUUCUCUUCCCUUGUUUUCACAUAACAAUCAAACUUUAAAUGGAAAAAUGUUGUGUUCAGAGGAAAUUGGUGCAGAUUUAUUUGGGAUGGUGCAGAGGGAGAGAGAGAGGUUUUUGGACUGCAAAAGGAAGCUUGGGUGCCUUUAAUUUAUUUGAAGGUAAAUGGGAGGGAUUGGUUAAAAAAGAAAAAUGCAAUGCAUGUUAUGUUAUUUUCACGUUGCUUCUUAUACGAAGAAUUUAAGUAGGGAAUAUAACUCUUUUCAUGGUUGCAGGAUAAAAAGGAGGGGAAAAGCACGCAAGAGAACAUUUCUGUUUAAUUUAUAAUAUAUUGCUGUAGUCAGACUAUUUAUAGCCGGCGUGGAGAACCUGUGCGCCUCCCCAUGUUGCAGGAGGGCAACUAUCAUCAGUCCAAGCCAGGAAGGCCGAUGGUCAGGGCGAUGGGAGUUGUAGUCCAAUGAUAUCUGGAGGUGCCACAGGUUUCUCAACCCUUGUGGUGCAAAGCAGGCAUCUCUCUGUUGUACAGUAUUCUAAUUCUGAGCAUACUGUUGAAGGCACCGUUCAUUAUGAUAGGACUUGGGCAGGAGAUCCAUUCAAGCCCUGAACUGAACGGGGGUUCUACUGCAGCACCACUUUGGAGCAAUGCUUUUUUUAAUGUAUCCUGUAUUCCUUCAGUAGCGGAGACUUCGCUUGAGCCUUGCUGUAGGAAGUAGUUUUGUAUUCUGACUUUAAAAGCAGCCUAUACGUUUACAGUAAAUAUUUUCAUAUUAUUUUCUAUUACUUAAAAUGAUGGUUAUGAAAUCCAAUUUGUAUGGAUGGUUUUUAAGCUGAUUUUUAUUUUUAAAAUCUGGAAUAAAUAAAACAUAAAGAGGAAAAAAUAUUUUUGUUGCACUUACCC